AACUUUCGGGAGAUGCAGCAAUGAAGAGAAGCGGCGAGCGGCGACGGCGGCACCGACGGAGCGCGCCUUGAUCGCUGCCGCUGGGACCCGAGGGGAGCUGCACAGCCAUUUCGGCGCGGGCUUGGCACUUCGGAGCCCCCUCCCCGCGCACCCCGGACCCAUGGCUGCUGCUGCCGCCGCCGCCGGCCCGGCUCCGCGGAUCCUCCUGCUGUCGUCCUGGGCGCUGCUCCUGCUCCUGGCUGCUCUGCUCCACUCCGCCGCACCAGGUACGGCCCCCUCCCAUCCCACUUAUUUCUCCCCAGUGAGGGGGUCUCCAUCCUCGAAAAGGGGGCGAUGAGGGUGCUCUCUGCGUUUUCAUGCCAGGGACAGCCCUCCCCAUAUCCAGCAUAAAUGGAGAAGUUUACCCCCCUCCGUCUCUAUAUUUCUUUUAUCUACUCUCCACCUUUGAUUUCCCCCUUCCUGAUAUUGUGAAGCCCUCGGGGCAGGGAUCCCCGUCUAUAUUUCUUCUAUCUACUUUCCAUCUUCGAUUCCCCCCCUCCUGAUAUUGUGAAGUCCUCGGGGCAGGGAUCCCCGUCUAUAUUUCUUCUGUCUACUUUCCAUCUUCGAUUCCCUCUCCUCCUGACAUUGUGAAGCCCUCGGGGCAGGGAUCCCCGUCUAUAUUUCUGCUAUCUACUUUCCAUCUUCGAUUCCCCCCCUCCUGAUAUUGUGAAGUCCUCGGGGCAGGGAUCCCCGUCUAUAUUUCUUCUGUCUACUUUCCAUCUUCGAUUCCCUCUCCUCCUGACAUUGUGAAGCCCUCGGGGCAGGGAUCGCCGACUAUAUUUCUUUUAUCUACUUUCCAUCUUCGAUUAUUUUCCCUCCUGAUAUUGGGAAGCCCUCGGGGCAGGGAUCCCCGUGUAGCCUGGGCUCCCUGUAAAAGCACCUCGGUGGCGGAGGGGAAAAGGGUUCAGCCGUCGCGCUUGUCUGUGUAUUCCGGGAAAGGGGAUCUAGUCAGAGCCUCACUUCCCCAGGAAAAUCUUUUCAUUUACAAAACGUGGGGAAUGCUGUUGAAAGUCAGCCACAGCUUCAGCAAAAAACGAAACGUCCCGCUGGCGAGGCAUUUUUCGCUCUUGAACCUCAGUCCCACCUGCCCCUCAGAUCCCUCCUGCUCCUCUUUAGGGUUCCGGGUUCCCCGCAGCCGCUGAUCGCCCAGUGACACAAUUAAAAAAACCCUAACUGGAAUCUGCUACAGCCUUUGCCAAGCUGGCGCCCUCCUGAGGCUUCCGUCUACAACUCCCAUCAGGGCUGGGGCAGCCCAGUCGGAUGGCUGGCCUAUAAAUAAUAAAAUUAUUAUUAUUAUUAUUAUUAUUAUUAUUAAAGCGUUUCGGGGGGGGGGUGCUCGCUAAGGCUGCCGCAGAGCAUCCCAGCCCUUCGUCUGGGAAAGGAACUGCCUUGUCCUGGAAUGCAAAGAUUGCAAUUCUUCGAGAGCAGUUCCCUUUCAGCUCUGGGGAAGGAGCAGGCAGACGACCAGGCAGGCAACAUGGAGCUGCUGCCAGUCAGUGUGGGACAGUAUUGGGCUAGAUGGUCCGACUCUGUACAAGGCAGCUUCCUUUGUAGAGGAGCAUCUGAUGAGAAACGAAGAGCCGGAUGCUUGCAGAGAAAGAAACUGGCGUGGCAAAUGGAGGCUUGCCCUCACGAUUGCCAUUGCAGAGGGGAAGUGCUGUGGCUCAGUGCUGUGGCCUGCAGAAGGUCCCAGGUUGUAUGUCCAGGUAGGGCUGGAAGAGAACCCUGCCUGAAAUCCCAGAGAAGCGCUGCCCGCGCGUGUAGGUGAUGCUGAUGGCGUGACUCUGUAGAAACUCCUGCGUAAACUCACUUUGGCUUCUGUUUGUGUUUAUAAUGUGGUUCCUUCCCUCUGUUCCUUGGUACUUUCUCUUCCCCUGGGUCUGUGCAUUCUGCUCCCCACCUUCCUGCCUUACAGGAAUGGGAGAAGUAAGCUGUAUGUGUUGCUACAAGUUCCACACGCAGCCAAGUGCAGGAAUUCUGAGCUCCAAACUUGCCCACGGGGCCAGUUCCUUGACGGCAGGCGUUGAUCGUAAUUGCAAAGACAAGGGGGCUGAACCUGAAGCCGUGAUUACUUGCUUGGAAGCAAGUUUCAUCGAAGCACCGAGACAUAUUCUCAAGAAAAUAAGCGCAGGCUCAUUAUGUCUAUGUCAGGAAAGCGGGCGGGCGGGGGGGGGAAACCACCCCAGCUAAUUUGUAGGCUUUUCCUCCCUUGCUUUUAAUGAACAAUAAUUCAACGAUGCUAACAUAAUGAGUUACGUGAUCUGCACCAUGGCUGAUUUCCUAAGGCAGAAGUUUGUGUGAUUGGCUAGUAGUUGCUUUCUUUUGACACAAUGUCCUAAAUCAUAAUGGAGCGAAUAAAUGUGGCAAGGAAAAAACCCACACAACCUUUCCCUGUGCAUUUUUUCAACUCCUUGAGAACUGUUUCUUUUGGAAGUGAGCAACAGGACAUUGGUUUCCAGGGAGGGGAGCGCCGGAGAGCCAUAAUAUAAUAUGGAAUGUCCUGUUCGGGGAGCCUAUGGCUAAAACACCUGUAACCCUUUCAAAUAUAUUUUCUUCCUCCCUCCAGGCUCCUGCUGCCUUUCUGGAAUCAGGGUUGUUUGCUGUGGCUUGCAAGCUUCUGUUGGGCUUCCCACUGGUGUGCCCUCCCCUUUGCCCCUCCCAUUCACCCCGUAGCCUAUAAGUCACUCCAGAGAUUGAUGGAAUGUUUUAGCUGGAGAGCUCUAGCCUGAGAGUCUUGCGCUGAGGCUCAGAUCCACCACAUUUAACACAGGAUUUGCAGCGUAUGGAUGGGCAGAUCAAAGAUAAAAUACUUUUGGAUAAACCGGUGGGAUUAGCAAGGUGGUGGAGGUGGGGGGAGUGCUCUGCCUUUGCUUUGGAUGGAUUUAGGAGUCUGAUUAAUCUGUUCUGUGUAAAAUAUUUGCUUGCUUCCCAGAACUUUCUGUUCAUCCAUCAGGCUUGGGAGGUGAAUUCAGCUCUGAAGCAAGCAGCCCUUUGCUCUGGUUGGAAAGAUGGGCAAUUUAGCAUUCCGUGCAAAACAACAUGCAUGAAUCACUGACUUUUUAUGUAUUACUGCCUGUUGUAUUGGGUGCCUUCUUGGGUAGUCUUGAUUGUUCUCAAAGCGGAUGUCAUAUGUUAUAAUGGAUGAUGGCUCAAGUGUUUAACAGUACCAUUCUAUGCAUGUCUGCUCAGAAGUACAUCCCAUUGAGUUCAAUGUGUGUGAAGGGGUCUUUCCAAGUAAAUGUCUAUAGGUUUGCAAUUUUAGCCUCCUUUACUGAAGACCAGGGAUGGGGAACUUGUGGCCUUCCAAAUGUUGUUGGAUUACAACUUGAAUUAUCCAUGAACAUUGGCUUAUUGGGGGCGUAGGUUCCUGAUCCCUGCUGGAGACAAAUCCAGAAAUUAAUACCCCUCCUCUUUUUUUUUGUAAAGAUGUUUUCUUAGGAAAUCUUAGUUGUUAAUUCAUCAAAUGGGUUUUACUCAAUUACCCUCUACUCCACCAUUGUUUAAGAUCUAGCUGAAAUGAAAAUCCAGAAUAGAUAGGUUUAGGCUGCAUUCAUUCUCUCUACUGUAUUCCAUCAUAGAAUCAUAGAACUGUAUAACUGGAAGGGACCACAAAGGUCAUCUAAUCCAACCCUCUGCAGUGCAGCUCUAAUCCACAGCCCUGAGAUUAAGAGUCAAUUGUUCUACUGACCGAGCUAUACUACAACAGACACUCUGCAUUCAGUGACCACUGAGCACAAUCAGUCCUCUUUAGGCUGCAUAGUGAUGGGCCAAUAUUCUCCUGUGGAUUUCUACCUGUUGGGCAGCAGUUAGUAGCACAAGAUUCCUGUCCGAGGAAUAAAAAGGGUAACACAGGAAUAAGUUGUGGCAGGAGUGGGGAGCCACAUGAGCUUUACCUGGUAUUGGCAUCAUUUAAUACAGGCAUAGAGAACCUGUGGCGCUCCUGAUAUUGCUGGAUUGUAAGUCUCAGCAUCCUUGACCACCUGCCAGGUUGUCUGGGGCUGAUGGGAGUUGGUCCAGCAACAUCUAGAGGGCCUGAUCUUACAUGCACUUUGCCUACACUUGAUCAUCAAAGACAUUCCAAGGUAGUUCUGCUUCUUGGCAAUAAGCAACACGCCGGGACACCACUGAGGAAAGCACCUCCUUGAGCUGUUAGAUUGAUCUGCACGUCAGGAAGCCGGGCUUCACACGCUUUCCCUAGACUCCUUUUCCUGUAUCUGACAAAGUUCAAGAGACCUUCACUGUGCUGAAAGAACACUGCAUAGUUUGGCAACCACAGCGCUUCCACUUCCUUUCUAAAAAAUAUUAGCAUCCUUUUCAAAAGUAAGAAUGAAAAGCUGAAAUUACUGUGGUGAGUGGUAGCACAGAAAACAAUGUUUGGGAAAAUCCAGAUGUACGGCACAAAAACACUCAACAAACUUUCUGCCCGGAUUUUCACUGUUUGAAAUAUGGCAGCCCUACCUGAUGUUCCUUCAGGCCAUGCUGCUGUUAAGAAAUGUUGGACUCCCGGAAUGGGAUGGCAUUCUUUUCAUCAUAGAAUAUUUCUGGUGUCUCUUUAUGGGCCAUGCAAUUCCAUGGGAAUGGCAGUUAUGUUUCAGUCCUGCUAGCCAGGCAUGCAAAAGUCCCAUAGUUUUCACUUGCAUAUGUGUGCUCACAUAGGUUUGAUGCCACCAAACAAAUUUUGCUUCAGUAGUAGAAGUAAGUUCCCUACCUCCUGCCCCAAAACAUGUAAGCAAAAGCUCUUACUUGUAAGUAAGAAAGGGAUCUUUAUUCAGGCAAGUAACAGUACAGGCUCAGCAGCAGACACAAGGCUCAGAAGUCCCAGUUCAGGAGUUCAAGAGCAGAGCAAGAAGUUCAGAACUGGAUGGAAGCAAUGAAGAUGUCCCAACAACUUUCCAUGCUCCACCCUCCAAGCUUUUAAAGAUGAGCCCUGGCAUGCUCACUCAUGAGACUUGCUUGCCAUAUGGAAAUAUCAGGAUUGCAAACACACGCUCUGUCAGGGCAGGUGGGCUGGCUCCCAUCUGCAAAGGUGGCCGCUGGUUCUAGGUCACAAGACCACACCCUCCUGGUCAAGUUCCUGUCUCACCUCUUCCCUUGGCAGCUCAAAACUGCCCCUAGGUCUGGCAGGGAGGGGGGAGAGACAGCAUCCCUGCUCUCCUUUCCCAAGUGGCUGAAGUUGGGGCAGAAAGGGGCUAUCCAUGCUCCCCUAUUAAGACUCCCCUCUGUUUCCUCCUCCCCUUCUCCACCUGCUUGAGAGCAUGUCAGUCCAAACCAGAUCCCAACAGCACAGGGACUUGCACCUUGGUAGCUAGCAAGUCAUCAGUAGGGUUGCUAUUUUUUUAUUGAAAAAGUUCUGGCUCCCUGGGCAUGGGUGGAGCCAGGACAGGUGAGACUGGGCAGAAACUGACAGUUUGGGGGCAGAACUUGUAGGACUUUAGUGAGUCAUGAGCAAGUAAAGCAGAGGAUGCUUGAAGAAUUAAUUUUCUAUGAAUUCCUAGAAUUCUUGGUCUGUGGUAUAUAUAUAUAUAUAUAUAUAUAUGUGUGUGUGUGUGUGUGUGUCUUGCUAUUAUUUAUUACUGCAUUUAUUGUAAAAAAUAUUUCAUAUCUCGCUCUUCUUCAUCAUCAAGGAAAACUAGAGUGACAACAAGAUCAAAUUAUACCAAUAAACUCAUGUCUAAAUCAUAGCUCUUACUUUUACAGUUAUUGGAUGUGAACACAUGGAAUGAAUAUCGCCCCCCUCGGGUGUUUGUGUAUUAUCACUUAUUUUGUAUUCCAGUAUUGGUCCAGGUUUUGUCUGUGUCUCUUGGUGUAGACAUGCAAGUGGGCUGUUGACUGAGAAUGUGAGAUCAAAUCAAGCUUAGUGGUUUCAGAGUUUAGAUAGUGUGAUUAGAAAAUGUGCUAGAAGAAUGACGUUUGAGUACAUUGGUUGAUGUGUGGGCACUGGUGCGACAGUGUGCUUCAGUGGAACUGUAUGGAGUGUUAUAUUUAGCUGCCAUUAGAUUAAUUUGUGUUUAUAAUUGUAUAGAGAAAUGUGAAUUUAAUUGGAUUGGUUUGUUGAGUAGACAUUUGGAAAGAGUGAGUCUCUUUUACUUUUUCUUAGUUAUUGAUCACAGUUAUUGAUCACAUGAUUUUAAAAUGUACGCUUUUUAUUUUUCUAGUUGAUUUUCCCUUGAAAUAUUUCACUCGGUUGUUCUGUGUUCUAAAAUGUGGAUUUUUUUGUUGUAAGGAUGAAGUUGAUCAAGCUUUAGAGGAUGCCCUAUUUCAUUGUCAAUGCUGGUAUUUUAUGUGGAUUUUCAAAAGUAUCUUUUAUAUUUGGUUUUCAUUUAUGUUUUAAGUUACAUUGGAAAUUGCUUAGAAAUUUCCCCGGCUAAUCUAUAAGCAGUAUAUAAGUUGUCUGAAUAAACAAAUAAAUAAAAAGUGAAGUCAUGCCAAUGCUACAAAAAUACAGCAACUUGAUUUUUGAAAAAAUAACAAAAGAGCUUAUUUUCUUUUAAAAAAUUUACUGAUUGCAGUUCCAGUAACACAAUGCCGACGACUGACUUGUGGUUAGGAUCACAUAGUUGGCUCUCUACUGGCCUCUGGUGGCAGUGAGGAAUACUACCGGUUCAGAUGGGUCAACUGUGCAGGAGGUCCCAGGUUUGCCUACGUUGUCAGAAAGCUGCCACUGGUGAUUAUCCUGUUAGCGGUAGCAAAAUGGAGCAUUUAAAGGUGGGGCACCAGCAGUGUUGGGUCCAGAUACCCUGAAGGGCCAGCUCAUAGGAUCUGCUCAGCUAUGUCAUCCUAGAGCUGGCAUAAUGAAAAUUUAUAAGAAAUUGCACCCUCAUCUUCUACCCAGGCUGGUGCCAUGCUGCUCUUUCCUGACCCCACUUAGGAUUGCACUGCCUGGUUCCAUUCCGUUGCAUACUUACUUGGAAGUGCCAUUGUGGCGUAAUGGUUAGAGUGUUGGACUAGGACCUGGGAGACCAGGGUUCAAAUCCCCACUCAGCCCUGAAGCUCACUGGGUAACCUUGGGCCAGUCACCAUUUCUUAGCCUAACCUACCUCACAGGGUUGUUGUGGGGAUAAAAUGGGAAGGAGGAGAACCAUGUACGCUGCCUUAAGAUUAUUGGAUGAUAAAGGUGGUAUAGAAAUGUAUUACAUUAAACAAUCAAAUAAAUAAGCUCCAUUAAACUUAGUCAAACUUACUUCUGAGUAGAUAUGCACAGGAUCGUGCUGCUAAGUUUGCUCAGCUGGAAGUUAGGUUGUGCCCUUUGCUCACAUGCAAACAGCAGAUUUUCAGAGCACCGCUUCGCUCAUGCAGAGAGUGAGUAAUUCUUAUUAUUACGUAACGUCAGUUAAUUUAUGUAACCCUCCUUCUGCCUAAAAUCUUAAACUCUGUAGUUCAUCACACACAGCUUUGAAAGCAUUUGAGUCGAUUCUUACACUAGAACACUUCGCUUUGUGGGGAGGGUUAUUGUUUGUUUGUUAAAUACUCCCAUGUUGCAAUCAUAUAAUUACAAAUUCUCAGAUCUCUGCAGAAGUUUCCCUUCUGUGUUGCAGUGCUAUAGCUAUGGAAUUCCUUGCUUGUCUCAGUUCAGGGUUCCUCAGGAUGAGGGACAGGAGCUGGAGGACUGAAGUGAGUGGAAGGAUAUCCCAGGGGGGAAAGUCUGCACAGGUCUUAUCUAUGUAAAGGUCUUCGGUUGGGGAUAAAAGUUCCAUUCCAUAGUAACUUCAUUCCCACUUUUUCUCUCAUGCCAGGGGUGAGGAACCUGUUUCAAGCCAGGGGCUGCAUUCCAUUCUGAGCAACUUCCCAGCAGGCCACAGGCCAGUGGUGGGCGGGGUCAGAGGCAAAAGUGGGAAGGGCAAUGAACAUGAAUUGUGUCUUUGCCCAGGAUGCUAGUUUCUACAGACUUGCCCAACCCUCCCCAUCUUCCAUCCAAAUAAGCAAGAGGUGUUAUCAGACUAGGCAAAAACAACAACAAAACACUCAGGGGAAGUGUGUGAAGUAAGGCCAAUGAGGGACAUGGCUUUGGGAGAGUGUGUGAGUCCUGCAGGCCCAUUAGAGAGGAUUGGAUGGUCACAUUUAGACCCCAGGUCUGACUUUCCGCACCCCAGUCUUACACCUUGCUCAAAUGUAAAGGUUUUUUUUCCCAGCACUGGAAAAUAAUCUUGCCCCAAUGCAAGACUGGUUCAUACUUGGCCUGUGCAGGGCUAAUUAUGUUGUGUAAAGUUAAGCGGAUGCUGACCUUGCAAAAACAUGACUAUUAUUUCACAUGCGGUUUAACUUAUUUUGAUUCCUAGUCUACUGUAGCUGUAGGGUUGAGACGAGUUUGCAAAAAUACAGGGAGACAAAUGUCAAAGGCCCAGAAGAAAUGAACAAUUUAGCAUUGCACUCAGGCUGCCACUAGGUGUCUCAAAUCAAACCUCUGCACAACCGAACAGUCUGCCACUAAGCCCCGUCUCCUAUUAGAAGCUGUGCUUGUUAGAAAAGGAAGCGCAGGAGUGCUUGCAAAGGGUAAUUCUCCCAUCUGCCACAGCAUUUCACAGUCAUAAACAGGGGCAUGCUUUUAACAGCCUACUUGUGUGUUUAUUAAGAUUUGUACCCUGCCCUUCAAACACAAGAUCACAGUUAAAAAACAUAAAGUAACUGAUGCAUAAGAACAGCAAAUGUAUAAAAGCAGCAUACAUGUGAUAUCAAAGUGAUCCAAUAAAAUAGGUCAGCAAAAAUAAAAAAGCCAAAGAAAAGCGGACACAUUACCACUGAAAAGAUCGUCUCCCUGGUAAUAACCACCCACCCUACCGGGGAUUGUGGGUGUCUCUCUAAGAGGAGUGGGCAAAGGGAAGCAGUUUCCCUCUCCCACUACGAUUCGCAGGUUUAACUUUUUGAAAAGACUGGAUUGCUGGCAUCCGUCCGCAAUCCAGGAGACAAUGGAGGCAUGUGCCUUUGGGGGUGAGGUCAAGCUGUUGGACGGCUACAACUCCUGCUGUGUUUGUAGAGACUGAUGCGAGAGAGAUGUGUUUUGUUGGAGCUGGGGCAGGUGAGGGCGUCCAGUUGUGCUGCUGCAGAUGCAUCAAAAUAUUUCUUCUCUGUGCUGCUCCCAGCGGUCAUUCCUCCUUUGGUCACUGCUGUGGAUCCUCAAUAUAAAAAUACUGAUCUUCUAGCAUUUAAAGAACCUGAGAUACGAAGCAAAAUGUACAGGAGCACCCCCCCCCCCGUGUAUGUGUGAAUCUAGUCUUCUUCUCCCAUCUCCAUUAGUGUGUCACACUGCCCCCUGUUGGUGGUGCUAAAGGGGAUGACGGGGUGUGCUGAAGGCAGGGCUGUCUUAAGCAUAUGCAGAGCCUCUGAGAUAAUUCCAGCGUCAUGGGGAGUUCUGCGGUGAUUUGGAGCUGAGGUAAGUGGUGAUACUUGCCCGUCCCACAGUAGGCAGGACGCACACUCUGAGCUGUUUAACCCUGUAAGCUCAGGUUCUCCUCAGCGCCGGGGUGCAAAGAUCUGCCCGGCGCCCUCCCCAGUUGCCCAGUCCCAGGCUCGCAGGAGGGUGGAGCCAGCCGGCUGCCUCAGCGUCUCGCUGGCUCGGUCACCCCCAAACUCGUGGCACAGAACCGCCCGCAGCAGAAGAGCCCACCGCGGUGCUCCGACCGAUGGAUGGGCUCUUCCACAGACUCAACUCUUGGCGCCCCUAAGAGCUCGGUGCCCGGGUGCCCCGCACCCCUAGUGCCUAUGGGUAAGACGGCCCUGGCUGAAGGGCAACAACACCUGAAGGGCCACAAAGCCACUCCACCUUUUCUGUGUGCUGCUGGCACCCAUCAUCCAUGACCGGGCCUUGCAAGCUGCGGCGACAGGAGCUGGAAUUCAACUUUAUCUGGAGGGCCAGAUCCCUGAUUAUAAUUAUACCACCCUAACCACAAUCUCUGUGGAGAGGAUACUUGAACUGAUAAUACAUAAAUAAAAGUAUUGCUUGUGUACUGCAUAUGAAACUUAAUAAGAAUGUACCACUGGACAAGUUACUGUAGUUAUAUGUUGUUCUUGAAUUUACAUGGAAAACUAUAAAAAUUAUCUGGGGGGCGGGGCGGGAGGAAGCGUAUAAUUAUGUCCCUUCCAACAUUUCUCAGGUGAAAAUAGGGACAUCCUAUUCCAUCCCCUCCAACAUUUCUCCAAUGAAAAUAGGGACUCCCAAAGGGAAAGCGAGACAGUCAAGGAUCAAAUCAGAAACCAAGAUGGCUUCUGUAAUUCCAAGACUGUCCCUGGAAAAUUGAGACACUUGGUGGGUCUCUAAUUAUGACCCCAUUCAGUAGAACUCUUAGGGCAGUGGAUGCUAAAAUAACAGCGUUUUGUUUGCUUGCCUUUGUUUGCGUUUGACUUAUCAGGUCUCUUCUUAGGUUCUUCUCUUUGCUGUGAGGUUCAUUUGGGAGAUGGGGUAGGGUGGGGUGGGGUGGGGUGGGGUGGGGCAACGUCCCAGGGGUCAUUGGUACCAGGCCUGGUGGCAGUGACCAGAGGAUGCUCCCCAAAAAACAGCAGAUGUGCAAAACGCUACGGAAAUGGAACAGCAGAAGCGGCAAUUAUAAACAUGAAUGUGACCUGUAUUCCAGCCUUUGCCAACCUGGUGCCCUCCAGUUGUUUUAGAGUACAACUCCAGUGUACAGGGCUGGCUGGGCCCGAUGGGAGUUUUACUCAAAAAUAUCUUGAUGACAUCAGGUUGGCCGAGGCUGCUGUAUUCUAACUCUAGUUUCUUUGCUGCAAUGAAAACGUCUGAAAAACUGGCAGGCGAAAGUUGUGUUGUUUACAUGGAAUUAAUUAGUCUCACAACAUGUGUUUGGAAAUAGGCACAGUGCAGAGAUGAAAUGAAUGGCCACAAUCCAAGUGAAAUCAAUGUGUUUGCUGGGUAUUAAUUUCCACAGGAAAGUGUUGCACCUGCUUAAAUAUCUCUUAUUGAUUCUAAGUGGAGUGUUACUUUGCUUACCUCUGAUUUGUGCCCAUCAAUCUAAAAGGGUGGGUUUGACACCAGAAAUCUAAAUAGCAUAUGAUUAGGCCUUUUUUUCUUUCUAGUCAGAGUGUGCCAAUAUAAUAAUAAUUAUUGUACCCACAUGUGUGUGGGUUUAAUUUUCAUUUUGAUGCAACUGUUUCAUCUCUAUCUCUUCGUUUAAUAUAAUAGGUUGUGAAAUAAUGUUUUCACAUAAAUCAAAAAGAAAUAAUAACAAAAAAGAUUUUUUAACAUGGAAUCUCCAGAUUGGCAGCAAACCAAAACACCCCUGACCUUGACAGCCAGCUCGCCUGGCCCCAUCCAUAUCCUGGUAGGUGCAGUGCCCCAGCUGGUGGGAGGACUGUAUUGCAGGUAUGUCACCCACUUCGAGUGCCACUGCUACUCUCCAGGUACUCACGAAAGGACUUUUACCUCAUGAUGGUCUUUGAUAUCCUUCCCACUUGCCACAGCAUAUAAUACUGAAUGCAAAUUUAUAUUUGAGGGAGUAUUUCCAUUCCUCUGCAUGUAGGACUAUCCUAUUUUAACUUUGCAAGAACACUGCAAAAUAGUUUAGACUGAACAAUGAUGACUAAUCCGCCCAAUACGUUCCGUAUUUUAAAUAGGAAUUUCAGCUCAGGUCUCCCUGAACCAAAGUCUUUUUACUUUAACCAAAUAAUAAGCAGAAUUCCACAAAUACGUUUGGCACUGGCAACUGCCUCUUCUCAAUCUGGUGACUGUCCCUUUCUUUCUCUUUGACUCAUGUGACAGAAGAGAUAGCAAGGGUUUCACAGGCAGGCUCUGUUCAGAAAGUUUCCCAAAAUUGUAAAGGUGUGGAGAAAAUAGGAAGCCAGAUGAGUCAUGGGGAAGGAGCGUUUGGGGGUGGGUGGGAACAAUUAUCUAAUCUUUGCUAAUCAGAGCUAGUUGGAAUUCUGAACUAAAUUGAGGGAGGGCAUGUUUGCUUCUCUCUCUUUCUCUCUUCAAGACUUCCCAGUUACAGUUCAGAGUGAGCAAAUGCUCUGAAUUCCAAGUGGUGCAACUACUAGUCUGAAUUUUGAGGAGCUGAAUCUUUGCUCCCCUCCCAGAGAGGGGGUGGUAUACAAUAAUGCACAGAGGGACUGCAUAUUCAUCUAUCUUUCUUUGACAGGCAUUCUGGGCAGGACUGAAUGAAUGGAUGAUAUAAUUGGCAUUUGUAUCCAUCCUUACCCAUGACCCUUUUGAUCGAUCCAGUUUUGUUAAUAUACGACAAAAUAUAUACGUAUAAUAAAAGGUUAAAGCAAGGAGAACCCCCCUGUAUUUAAUUGUCCAAGCUAUGCUCUACUAUUUAAGAGACAGCUUGCUUGAGAUCAAUGACCUUUGUGCAUCCCAGGCAUUUGGAGAGUAGUAACACUGGGACGCGGGUGGCGCUGUGGGUUAAACCACAGAGCCUAGGACUUGACAAUCAGAAGGUCGGCGGUUCGAAUCCCCACGAUGGGGUGAGCUCCUGUUGCUCGGUCCCAGCUCCUGCCAGCAUAGCAGUUUGAAAGCACGUCAAAGUGCAAGUAGAUAAAUAGGUACCACUCCAGCGGGAAGGUAAACGGCAUUUCCAUGCGCUACCCUGGUUCGCCGGAAGUGGCUUAGUCAUGCUGGCCACAUGACCCAGAAGCUGGCCACAUGACCCGGGAGCUCCCUUGGCCAAUAAUGUGAGAUGAGCGCCGCAACUCCAGAGUUGGCCACGACUGGACCUAACGGUCAGGGGUCCCUUUACCUUAUUUUAACCCUGCUGGCCUCUUACUUUCUAGGGAAAAGCUGUCACUCAGUUAGGCAGUCUCUGUCUCUGACAAUUGUCUGACUUGAAGAUAUUCUGCUCUGUGUCCAGAGGCCCCAAAGCACCAUUAAUAUAUUUGGAAGUUCUAUCUAUCUAUCAUCUAUCUAUCAUCUAUCUAUCAUCUAUCUACUUUUAAAUAAAAAAGUAGCUUGCUUCUUUGCACCUGGAGAAAGCAUGUGUGAGAAGGUAUGCCUGAUUAAAAAAACAAGUGAAAAAUUUAAUUCAAACCAACGUGAGUCACGAACAGUAUUGAUAACAUAGAUAUUAAGGGAAAGCACUUCAGUCUGUGUCUUACAGAAACAGAGAGGAGUUAUUUUCCCUUUGCCUGUCUAAGGUGUCAGUUUUGACAUUCUCCAGCAUGAUAUUUGACAAUUGCUUAUAAAGGAGGAAGUUUUAAAAGUGAGUGCCGUUUCCAACACUGUUACCUUUGGCAAAGUUUCACUGGUUGAAGCUCAUGGAUUUUUGAUGAUCUGCUGGACAUAUAUUUGCUUUCUUCGCUGAAUGCAUGUUAAAGCUUGAAUUUGUGUGCCCUGACUUUUUCUUCAGCCUCCAAGAGAAUUUUGGCAGAACCCAGUGGAAAGUUAAACUUGCACUUUAGAGAUGGAAUGGAAAGACUUUACAUAAACAUAUGAAUCUUUCUUGGAUUGAAAAAAAAGUCUUGUUGUUGCAACACUGGGUGGAAGAAUCAUCUUGCAGUCAGGCCUAAUCAUUGUAACCCAAGACACAUGAAUGUUUGGGGGAGACCCAAUUUAUACCUGCUGCUUUUAGAAGUUCUUGAAAACUUCUGGUUUCAAGUCGCAAUUGAAGGGUUGCAAGCUUGAAAGCUUCCUUCAGAAACCAAGUGCAUUUUAGGGAGAUGGACUAUAUUCAAUUUAGGUUGGUGUUGUGUGCUUGUUUUUUGAACUUUAAAUUGGGGAUGGGGAACCAGGGGCCCUCCAAAUGUACAGCUCCCAUAAGCCUUUGGCCAUGCUAGCUGGGGUUGAUGAUAGUUGGAGUUCAGCAAUAUCUGAAGAGCCGCAGGAUCCCCAGCCCAGCUUUAAGCAGUGGCUGCAGGUGUCAGAGCAUCAGGACUGGAGCCAUGGUGAUGGAUAGGUGUUUAAACCAUUUACUCCUACCCUGUGUUUGUUGGAGGGGAGUUAUUGUUUUGUUUUAUCCUGUAUUUUUAUCUUGUGAACUGCUCUGGGAUCUUCAGAUGUAGGGCGGUAUAAUAGUAAUAAUAGUAAUAGUAAUAGUAAUAAUAAUAAUAAUAAUAAUAAUAAUAAUAAUAAAUCCUGAUUUAAAUCUCCCUGAAGCUACUCUUUCCAUCCAGAGAGAUGCUCUCUUGCAGUCCACAAUGGUAUGUUUCUCCUGACACCAAUAGCAGUUUUGGGAGAAGAGGGAUUUUCAUUGGAACAGCGCCAUGGAAAGAGUUUAAAAAUCCACCCCCUGCAUCAGUUCUCCCCUCUACAGCUGCUAUUUGUAGCUUUAAAAUAAUUGCAUAGUGCUAAACUGUGUUUUUAAUGUUAUAUGUCAUUUGACACUCCUUUCCCCAGGCCAGCUUUUACCCAGCCAUGCUACAUAUGUCAGCAUUUGGAGGGUUUUCUUAAUAAAAAAAAUUGUGCAGCUAAACAUCUCUGCAGUGUGAACUCCAUAACUCUGUACCAUUUGAUUUAGCUUCAUGUGCAGAGUAUUUUAGCUUGGUUCACACAUCAUGCUAGGGCAAACCAUUGUUUAGUGUGAAUGGGUUCCUGGAGUGGAGAUCACAGCUGCUUUGCUCCUCCCUGGUUGUUUUGCUGAGCUAAACCAUGGAUUGGCUUAGUGCAGGCUUCCUCAACCUUGGCCCUCCAGAUGUUUUUGGCCUACAACUCCCAUAAUCCCUAGCUAGAAGAACCAGUGAUCAGGGAUGAUGGGAAUUGUAGUCUCAAAACAUCUGGAGGGCCGAGGUUGAGGAAGCCUGGCUUAGUGUGUUGUUUAGUUCAAGCCAGACAAACCAUGAGCCGUCAGCUAUUAGUUACAGCUCAUGGUUAGUCUGGAGAGAGCUAAACCCAGAGCCCACUGAGCAAAAAGAGAAUUUCCUCUCAUGUAGAGGCAAGAUGAGAGAAUACCUGGUAAAAACCAGCAUGCCUGUCUUUCUCUGGUAUCAUAUUUUAAGAGUUAGGUCAUGAAUGAUAAUGUAUUUCAACAGAGAAGAAUUGUAAUAGCAGGAGGUGACAUUUUCUUGGCAUCAGAAGCAUAUUUUCUGUCAUGAUACAUCUUAUCAGGUGCAUCCGUACUUACCAUUCUUCCCCACAGAAGGGUGCACUUUGAGCAUAGAUGCAGCAGCUGUCGGUAGGUGGUUUGGCAUCAUUUCACAGGGAGAAGCAGCAUUCAGCCCAGCCCAGAGACUGAAUGGAUUCAAUUCCUUUCCUCCUUUCCAUUAUACCAGACAAAAUCUAUCCUGCACAGCAGAUAAAGCUGGACUACAGCUCCCAGCAUCCCUGCCCAUUGGCCAAUUGGCUGGGGCUGGUGAGAGUGGGAAUCAAACAAUACCUGGAGUUCCCCACCUCUGCUGCACACCAAGAACACUGCCAUUGGGGCAGCCAUGUGGAUAAUUUUCAUUUCACUUAUCUUUAGACAAGGAGGAGAAAUUUGAUUUAAUAUUCAUUUAAUGCCAAAUCUAUCCAAACCACACUUUCCAAAACAAUACGUGAAGAAAACAUAGCUGUCCUCCAACAUUUGCACUUAUCUGAAUGUUGCGAUGCAGUUCUCCAACCAAACAAUGUUUGCAAAAAUGCAUUUGUUUGGGGGAAAAUGUACAUAAAAAUGACGGUAUUAGAGAAAAUAGCAAGCAAAUACACAUUCUAUUGAUGGGAAUUACUUGCAAAAAUGUGUGUGUUAGUCAAAACUCAAUAUAAAAGUGCUUUUGUUAGGAGAAAUUUGCACUAAGUUGCUAAUUAAUAUUUGUUAGGGGUCCCCCUCCUCAAACAAAAAUUCGCAAUUUGCUGCAAUAUGUAGAGAUUUAAGAUGACGAAAAUGAGAAACUGAGAACUGAAGUGGACAGACCCUUCUAUCCCUACUUACAGGGGAAUGAAUUCUAACUCCCUGCCGCCAACAUCAGGGCUCUGGGGAGCAAUGGAGCCACCGCCACAUCUGUAUCCCAGCUCUCAAGGUGGCAGUGGUAUAAGGUGGUAGCAGAGACUGGUAAAGCCUGAUGCCAGCCAGUACCAGUUCAGCCCCACCCCUGCACCACUCUGCUGGCUGUGAUUGGCAGGUGGCUGUCUGAGUUGGCAGAAGCGAGUGGAAGGAUCUCUUUGCUUAAUACACACACCACACACAGCCCAGUGUAAGAUAGUUUGGAUUACAGCAUUAAAACUCAACAUAAAAAUGUGAAAAAUGAGUCAGCAAGGCACCAUUACAACUUAGUCAGAAAACCCCUUUGCAAUUGGUCUCAAAUGUUUAGUCUUGGUCUCAUCACUGCAGAGGGUCUUCUUACAAAAUCAGUGAAGUAGAAAACCUCAGUAGACUGUCUUAACCUUUGUAAGUAGCUCCAGUGCUGCAGUUGAGAGAGUCUCAUGUUCUUAAGACGAGAGCUGAAAUGUAAUCCAGAAGCACAGAUCAAUGCUCUGUACUGUGACACCGUUAGAUGUUUAUGUGCAUCUGGGUAUCCCUGUGAUUGUGGUCCUACCAUAAAAACCAGUAACAUGCUUUCCAGCCCAAUGCCCAAUGAGGUCUUCAUUAUCUUAACAAAAUAAGGCUACUUUUCAAUUCUUCCCCUGGCAAUUUCUUGCAUUCAUCGUUGCAAUGAAAAUGGGAACUUCUGCAAGGGACUUGGAGAAGAUUCAGAGUAGUUUGGAAAUAGGUUGGCCAUUUGAGCAUUGCUAAAAAGAGAGGAAAUGUACCUCACCAAGCAAUGUAAAUGAAUGAGGGCACAGACUAGCAUAAAAUUAGCACAUACUAAUUUAAAUGCAUGUAUGGAAAUUCAGGAGUUAUCAUUCAAAUUGAAAUAGAAAGGCAUCUCACCACAUUAAAUAGAAAUGUGUCUCACCUGGGACUAGUCAGAACAGAAAUGUGUCAAGCUUGCCCCAAGAUGCUCUUGAAAGAAACACGCAUUUAGGGAUUAGGUCUCAGGACCAUCCUGUGCCCAUGGUGAUGAAACAUUGUCUGCAGAUUAUCCCUCCCAGUACAAUAAGCUUUCUUGUGAAACAUAAACGGAGAAGGUUUCAAGGUGUCUCAGUCCAUUUAAAAACCUCAUGCAACUUGCUAAUCAGGAAUUGGCUGUGUUUUUAGCAUGUUACUGCACUAUAAUGAGAAAGGGGAGGCAGAAUGCAAACACAAUCUACUAAAGUGGAAGAAUAUAAAACCAACUUAGCAAACCUUUGGGACUGGGCAUUUUAGGAUGUUAAACAAUACAAAUGAAUAUAUUCUACCUAUACUGAAAACACUAAUGUAAAACCCUUGGCCUGAUAUAUGAUGAAAUUGAUCAAUAGAUUAAAUCAGUCGUUAAGAUGUUUGGCAAAUGUGGGGCCAGCUCUAGGGUUAAGGACUGACUUGGGGGAAGCUCUCCCCUUGAUCACAAUCCUUUUUUUUAAAAAAAACAACCUUUUCCCUAGCACCAGGUACGAUUCUGCUACAUCUUGAAUUCCUUCCUCCCUCAAUGCCUUGGGAGUUGGGUCACUCUGGAGCAUUGUGAAAUCAUAUUUUUGUGGUAGCAGCUAUCUUCCCCAGCCAGCCCACACCAAAGUCCAGGGAUAACUCUCCACUUUCUGCAGAGUAUACCUAUCUAUAGCUACAUCUAUAUGGUUCCUUAUUAGAAGUCAUAGAUCAGCUAUACAUUGCUGCUGAGUUUCUGUUUUACUCAGUGCUAAAUCAAACCAUCUACUGAAGCCCCUUGAGAAUUGAAACAGUGGCCUGAUGCAAACCAUAUGCUUCAGAGUCUGGGGCCAUGUAUUUUGAACUGGUUACAACAUAAAACCACAGUGGAGUGAGCUGCCCAGUUGGCGGAGCUGAGAGUUCACCUGGUAAAUCUAAAUGUUGAAGGCUGUUUAAAGAAUAAAAUAAAAAUCUUACCUAUAUAUUUCUUAUUAUGAUUGGACUUGAAGGAACAGUGCCUAUGAUUAAAUCUUGCACGCCACAUGGGAACCUGCAUAGCUUUCAAUUAAAACCAUGUGUGUAAUAUUUAUGGCAUGGGUGACAUGAACCAAGUUCCACUUAUGGAGUGGAAACAAACAGCUUGAUCUGCAAGUCAUUUAAGGUUGAGUAUUUGUAUUAUUAUUGGCUGACACUCCAGCCCCAAGCACAUUUAACUAAGUCUCAUUGUUUUAACAGAAAGUCCAAGGAAAUGGCUUAGUUGGAAGUCAAUGGGAUUAAGAACCAAUUUACACAAACAGUGACUUUACAGAACUGAAGGAAUGCGUUCAGACAUAAUCCCAAAUUGUGGUUUGGCGUUAUGUGGCGAGCCCCAAGGAGUCGUGGACUGACACACCCUUACCUUUCACUUCCUCAACCCCUUAAUUAUGACAAUUACCUUCUUUCAGUCUUUUUUUUUUUUUAAAGCAAACAAUAGUGUGACCUGUGGAGGGUGCAAAAAGGCAAACUGGUUUGUGCCCUCCUGCAAGCCAAACUUUGACCCAGGUAUGUGAACCGAAUUUGCAGGCAAGCACAAACCAUAGUUUGACUGUUCAGGCAUAAUGAUAAGCUGUGCUUUGCUGCAAACAAUCCUGGAGGAAUCCUGCAUCUGAAUGCAUUCAUAGAAUUCAAAGUGAUCAAUUGCAUCUGAUUGUCUGAUUAUUCGAAGUGUUUGUCUUGGAUGUAAUGGGUCUGUGCCUUCAUUUUUCUCCCGGCAGAAGUCAGAUGGAGAGGAGUGAGAAAAGAUUGGGGAACUGGAGGAGUCCAACUGAGGAGAGUGGCCCAGCAAAGUGGGAGGCAGUGACCAGGGCAUGUUGGAAGACUCAUACCCUGGCAAGGGGCUCAGCAGAUUGGCAGGUGGUGUUUUGGACCCUGGGGAGCAAUUGAGUCAGAACAGAUGGCCCUGGUGUGACAUCCCAGCUGGUUGAUAUGGUUCCAGCCCUGCUCUCUGUCAGGGAACAGCCUUCCUUCUUAGGGGGGCACCUAGGGGUACAUCUGGCAGUGAUCUUUCCCCAUUAUCUCCACCUCCUUAGAUGCACUCAGCCUACAUGGGCAAGAGCUCAUUUGCUUGCCCAGUCCCAAGGCUGGGGAUGCCAACCAUGUGAAUGACUAUGCCCACCCCUCUCUUCAAAAGGAGAGGCAUUGGGAUGUGUCAAGUGUUGGGACAAUGUCUUACUCCUAGCCAUGUAUAGCCUGUCACUUGACUUAUGUCUGGGCACUGUAGUGAAUUUUAGAAUAAAGUAUUCAAUCAUCAUGGAGUCCUGAGGAUCAAGUCAGAGCCAGAAUAGUGCUGUACCAGUGAGCUGUUGUCUGUCCCAAGGAAAUGAAAAGUGAUGUGCCUUCAAUGUGAUUGUAGCAUUUUGUCACUUCCCAUGUUUUAUGUGAGACCUAGUUGUUGUUGUUUUUUUUGAGGGGGGACCAACGAGACUUUAGUGAAUUAGCUGAAUAAGCAAUACUUGCAUUUGUAGAAUAAUGACUGGAAAAAUUAGCAGUGUGGAAGUCUGCAUUGAAUUGCAAAAUGACAUGCAUCUUACGCAGAAAGGUACAGUUAAUAAGAUUUCCAGUUUUGGCUAUGUGUGUGGAAAGUGAGGUGGAAGAGUUCUUUAAUCAUUCACUUUACCGUUUCUCCUUCUUUCCUGUGUUUAUUGUUUGUGCACUCCUGUUUUUGUAAUUUUCCUUGAGAGUGAUGGUCAACCUUUGAAAUUCUUCUGAGUGAAGUCAGAAGAAACUUGGCUUAGUGCAAGAGCAGCAUCUUUACCUUCCCCAUAUAGUACAGUAGUUUGGCCCGCAGAAUAACUCAGAUAAAUUAAGUUCCCAAUCUUCUCCUUGUGGCUGUGACAGGGGAGGGGAAGGUUAGGAGCAACUGCAAAACCUGCCAGGCCCCAAGACAUUUCACUGCCUGAGGUGGACAAGAUGUCUGCCCCCAUUUAAUGUCCAGAAGCCAAUCUGAAUGGCAGCUGAUUCUUACUUUAGCACUGAUGAUGCACUUCAGGAGUGCAGGGUAGGCACACACUUCUUUCUCCUCACCCCACAGCAGAUCCUGCCUAGGCCCUUUCCUGUAACAAAAAAACAUGGUUUAUCGAUACAUUCAAAAGUGUAUGUCUGAUUACAUGGGCUGAGGUACUAAGAGAGGAAGCAUCUGUAGCUUCCUCUGCUCUACCUUCUUGCAGCCACCAGGACUUCCGUCAAAAGAAGAGGAGGGCAGAGGGGUUGAUCAGGCUGGAGACGCUGUAGCUGCAUUUUCUAUCAGUUCCUUGGAACACUUAAAAGGACAGCAAGUCUCCAUUUCUGAUUGCAGACCUAGUUGCCGUGGAAGUUGGUGGGGCUUCUAAAUCAGCACUAACUUACUUCAUUUCACGUGGUUGCUGUGAGGAUAACAUGUCAAAGGGUCCUAUGUGCAUGGCAGCUCAGGUGCUAACUGUGGAGGAGCAACUUCAAGGCCUCUGUUACCAGUGGCGUAGCGUGGGGGGUGCAGGGGGGCUGGCCACACCGGGCGCAACCUCUGGGGUGGCGCGCGCUCGCACUCGCAGCUCUCUGCCCCCUGCUAAAAUCCAUGGGUUAGGGGGCGCAAAUUAGUUGCCUUGCCCUGGGUGCUGACAACCCACGCUACGCCACUGUCUGUUACCCUCCCCUGAAACCACGCUGGGCCAGAUAGCCCUUCAAAGAGAACAUGCUUUCAAAGAGGGGACAAUCCUCUGAAAGCCCUUCAAUUCAAUCACCUUGCCUCUCCAUUAGUACUAGUAGGGAUGGGAGAGAAAUUUAAUUCAGUUUGCAUCUAUAGGCAAAUAUACCUAAUUUGCACUUUAUAAAACAGUAUGUGAACAAUACUGUGAUCCUUCACAAUUCAUACUUUUUUUUUUGAACGUUUCAGUGUAGUUCUCAAGCCAAGUAAUGCAUGCAAAAUUGCAUAUACAGUGGUACCUCUACUUACAGAUGCGAUCCGUUCCAGGGUGCCGUUCGCACCCCGAACAGUCUGUAAGUAGAGCACUGCUUCUGCGUGUGCAUGUGAUGCAAUAGAGCGCUCCUGCACAUGCCAAAUCAUGAAAAAUGUCAGGGGAAACCCAAAUGUAUGGCAACAUGAUGGGAAAUGCAGUGGAAACAGCUCCAAAAGUUUAAAAUCACAUUUGGGGGGGGGGGGGAGUUUUCAGGACCCACCCGAUUCUUGCAACUGUAAUCUGUUGCAAGAUUGAAAAACUCAACAAUUUGGGAUUGCUCCCAUUCAAAUAUUAAAAUGAUUGUUAAAUUAUUGAAAUGUAUAAAAUUGAAAAUCAUAAAUAAAAAAUAAAAAAAUAAAAAUUGGGUUUGUUUCCAAAAACUUUGCAGGUGUUAGGAAUUUUCCUUUUUGAAAUAUGGCAACCCUACAGUAUGCAAGGGGAAAUCACUUUGCAAAAUGUAUUAGGCAAAAAUUGAUACAAAAAUGUGUGUUAGGCAAAAUUUACACUAAAAUGUAGCUGAAUUUUCAUGAGGACUUGUUUGUUUGUUUUUAAGUUCAUAAACUGAUGUGGAAAUGUAAAGAAUUGGACUCAUAAGUGGAAAAUGAGGAAAUGAGAGAAUGACCAACCCCCAACUACUGGUAUAAGGUUUUUUUUUUUGUUAUUUCUUUAGUGACAGCCAUGCUAGACACUGGAAUGGGUAUGAACUAGAUUGUGGAGAAGUUAAUUGACUUCCCAUUCUGUUCUCUCCUAAUUGUUCUUAACUAAUGUUGGAAUGACUGACCGCAUCUAUUAUUUGGAUGAGGAAAAAAGGUCCGUACUACUGUGCUUAGCUUUAAGAAGCCCCUGCAAAGAUACUUUUGCAUUGGUUUCUAACUCUUUUAAUUUUGCAAAAAAACUUUUUUUAAAAAAGUAAUAUGGAAAGCCAGGAAACCGGAUCUCAAGCUUUAUAAUGAACAAUUACAUAUAAAUCAGGCUUACCGCUGGCCACAGAUGUGCUGCCCAAAAUUCUUGGCAUCAGCACGGUGAAUUCUGGUGUGCUUUCCCAUUGUCUUAUGGCAACCAAUGGAAGAAUUCCUCUUUCUGUGCAAAAAAAGUACUUGCUCUGCGACAGACAAAGAAUUUACACAGAGGUUGGCUUAAUCCUUUAAACUGAUGGGCUAUAUUCCAAAAGAGGUCAACUUCCUUAAUCAUCAGUGGCAGACAUAGAUAUGUAUUUUCUUUGGGGGGGGGGACACAGUAUCUACAUAGCAAAGCAUUAGGACAGUGGGUUCCUGAAGAUGGCGUAUGGGAGGCAGAGUUUCAAUUAAUUUGUUCUAGAAAAUCUACCGAUCUAUAAGUUAAAGGCAUUUUGCUCAUUUGCUUUGGCUGAAUGCUUGCUUGUUUAUUCCUGUUCAAGCAUUUCGCGGCCUUAUCAUGCCAUCGGUCUAGUUCAGGAUUGUCUAGUCUGACUGGCAAAGACCUCCCCCCUAGUCUCAGGAUAAGGUUUUUCUCAGCCAUCCCACCAGAAGCCCCUCUAAUUGGGAAGGACCAGGCUGAUGAUAUUUGGACCUGGUUAGGCUGAUGCAGAGGCUUCUAACUGCCUGCCUGUUAGAAUGGCUGAGAGUAAGAAUUUCUAUUUCCUGGUGAACUUGAAGGGAGUUCUAAAUCCUCUGCACACACCUUCUCAGUUAUUAUUAAAGGUUAGGUCAGGGGGUGGCGAACCUCAAGCCCAGACUCUUCCUCAGGUUACAACCCUUCCCAUCCACACUCUCCCCCUGCAGGCUACAUCUAUCAAGGGCCUUGUUUCAUAUCCUCCUUGUGGGUUUUCCCCUGGCUGGAAUCUGUCCCCGAACUCUGAUGACAGCCCUUUCUUGCCUGAAAGGAGGAUAGAAGUGUAUGUGUUUAAAAAUGGGCCUAUUGCACAAAGGUAAAAUUUAUACAUAUUGCCCUGUUGCCUCUGCUGCCCACUGCUGACAUGUUGGCUCCCAUAAGCUUGCGCAGGAGGGAAUACAGCUUUUGGGCUGGAAAAGCUUCUCCACCUCUUUGACUCAGAUCUGCAGAUUUCUUGUUCUGCAUUCCCUGACAGUCCAGGCAGGGCCUCUGAAAAACCAGAGACCAAUCCACUCUAUGCAUCCCAGCAGCGCCACCACAACCUAUCCCCAUUCUCACGCAUAGCAAGAAUUGUGAAGCUACCCCUUGAAACAAUACCUGCAUCAUCAGUCUUGCCAUUAUGACUAUUUUUUAUUAACUAUGCAGGGUGGCUUACAACAAUGUGAAAUUCAGUCUUGAAACAGAUUACAGUUGCAAGAAUCGGGUGGGUCCUGAAAACUCGCUUGGCUGCUUCCCUGUAAACACAUGGUUGCUACAUGAGGACAAUAUCCCCAGCUAAAAUGGUUGUGGGAACGGGCUCAAAAUGGCUCUAUUAAGGACAAUCUCCACAGAAAUCAGCUGCUAAGAUUAAUUGUUCUCCAAUGCAACUGUUGCCAUGGAAAAAUAAUAGGAACAAUAACGGCUGAGUUGAAAGUUCUGCCAUGAAUAUAUUUCAAGCAGGCAUUGAAAACUGUGUUGUUUUUUGGUGGGCAUUUUUGGUUGCUGUUAAUUCUCUGGUAGGUUUCUCUCCCUCAUUUCUGCUCUUUUUGUUGCUUUGCUGCUUGUUUAUCUUACCUCACUUUGCUAUUAUUUAUUUUAGGGAUUUUUAAAAGCUGCCUUGAAUUGGCAUUUUGCUUAGAAAGGCAGAUGUAAUAUGAAUAAAUAAUUUAAGUAAAAGGGUGUGUGAAAGGGAGGGUGAGAGGAAUCAAAACACUUAUUCAGAAAGCUAGAUUUCAUGCCUGUCCAGUGAUGUUUGCAGUGCUGCCUGUCUGCUGCUUUGGAACUGUGGUUUGUUUUUACAGCACCUUCUUCCUCAUAAUGUCAUUAUAUAGACAGGCAGCUUUGGCUAUAUGCCAGCAUCACUAGGACAGGGAGGGCAAUGCCUGUUCAGGAAUCAUUGCCCUAACUCUGGAUUAGGGAUGGGGGAGAAUAAGAGAACUGUAGCAUUGGAAGGGACCCUGAGGGUCAUCUAGUCCAACCCCCCUGCAUGCAGGAAUAUCACCUAAAGCAUCCAUGACAGAUGGCCAUCCAACAGAGGUUGCUUUAAAACCUUCAAGGAAGGAGAGACCACCACCUUCUGAGGGACUGUGCUCCACUGCUGAGCAGCUCUUACCAUCAGAAAGCAUAGCUGAUAUCCUCUUUCUUGUAACUAGAAGUCUCAUCUUUUAGACUUCUUUUGUUUUAUCCCUGCUCUUGGUCUCUAGAAGGGCAAUAGACUCCUCUAGCAGACUUCUUCCUGGAUGAAUAACAGACUCAUAUAAAAACCUUGCACUCUGUAAAUUAAUGCAGACUUUUAUAUACUGUGCUCUGCUUUUAAAUGUCAGCGUUCUUCUCUUUCAAAUGUACCAUAUUUUCAUAACCGGCACAUUUCAAACUCUUGAAAACUUAAGACGGCAAGCCAGAAUUAGGGCUCUGUGUAAAACAUAUGUAUGAAAUAGGUUGCCUCUUGAGAAGUAUAGAAAACUGAGAAGAACAUAAUAAACACCAUGGGCAGCAAGCUAAGCAUGCUGUAGCUAAUUAUGUCCUUCUUCUCAAUUUGGCUUUUAAAAGGCUUGAUGGUGCCCUUGGUGGAGAUAUCCUUUCAUGUAUAUGUACCCUGGCAGGCAUCAGGGCCAACUCAGGGUAUUUUGCUGCCUGGGACAAAGGACAAUGUUGGAACCCCACCCUUCUUAUACCUGCCAAGUGCCCUGGAAAAAAACAGGACAUCCCAUUUUUUCUUGUGAGAUCGCGGCGGCCAUUUUGGGUGCCAUAACCUUGCAUGCCCUUGCACUGCAGUCUCGCCCUGAAAAAGUGCUUUUUGGGGGGACAUGAUACUGUGUGGUGCCAAAAACACAUGGUUUUGGGUGCCGUGUGAGAGCUCCCCCUAAAAAAGUGGGUUUUUUUUCCAGGGUCCUGGGAUCUUACUCAGGAAUGUGCCCUGGAUGGUGCAUGUCCAAGUUUGGGGUUUGAAAAAGUUGAACAGUAAAAUUCUCAGGGUCCCCCAGUAAAGCCUACUGUUAUCUGUAAUCAAUAAGGUUGUGGCCAAUUUAAUCCCAAGAUCUUGUCAUGUCGUUUUUGUUGCUGCUACAUUACUGCCCCCCUUUCUGAUUCUCAGGGGACACCGUGCGUAGGCCCGCAAAUAGCAGAUCUGAUCGAUUCGGCUUCAGAUGCAAACUGAAUCAAAUGUCUUCCCCAGUUCUACUUGAGACAGUAUAUCUUUACCAUGUACACUACACUCCAAUGUUUUACAUGUUCAUAUAACAGCAUGACAUGUGCAUGUAACAAAUGCAUGCUUGCCACGCUGUGCAUCAUGCAAUUACGCAUACCAGGGAGCUGGGAUAGGUUGCACCUCCACGUUACAUGUACAUGCAGUAGUGGCAAGUUUUCUGCUGUGCAGAACUAUUGAUCUUUAGAUCUGGAAGGAACCUUGGAAGUCAAUCUGGUGAUGCAGAAACCAUCUGGGUGCUAGGCAUGGGUUGCCCCUCUGUGAGCAUUUGCCCUCGUGGACCCGGCACUGAAAGGCAAGCUGCACGUGGAAGAUUGUGCUGCUGCCCACAAAACAGAUCCGUCUUCAUGGAUCUGGGAUGGGAUACAGAAUGUGUUGCAAGAACAAGAUGGAAUGCUGUUCUUGGCUUUGGAAAGGAGAGUCGCAGCUAUCUUCUGGGCUGAUAUUGGACAGCUGGAAUUCUGCAGCUCCUCUCUGCGUUGGCUCAUCCCAAGCGCAUCCUUUCCUUCAAACAAAAAAAGAAAGGUUUAGGUUUAGCAGCAGUUAAAGGCUAUGAAGAAAGUUUCAGAAAGUGAGACCAAAGCUUCACUUUUACCCCACCAUUUCCAAACGUAGGGUGAAACAAAGGGCACAUUUAAAGCUACUGGGAGAGAUUUAACACUAAGCAGGAUGAGGUGUUGAUGAUGUGUGAUUUCUCUUUAUUUUUAUUUUUUUGUAACAAGCAUCCUGGGAGGUAGUGAUGGUGUUAGAUCAGGACUGCAGUGCUGAGGGGUGGAUUUUUCAACCCUUUUCACCAUGCUUCCCCCCCCCAUGCAAAUCCGCCUCCCAAAGUUGCUAUAAUUUGCCUCAAUAGAGAACACAGUCAUAUCUUACAACAGGGCUAGCAGUUGGAGGCAUUUAUAUCAUUAAAAACAGAACAGGAGAAGGCUUAACUCCACCCAGCAACAUGGUCUCAAUCCAGUUUCUCCUCCCUGCAGUGGCUUGCAAAUAAAUAAAUAACUAAAUAACUAAAUAACUAAAUAAAUAAAUAGUUGAGAGAUCCCAUGGCAUGGCUUUCAUGAUUUUUAUAGGAGUUAACACUGAGUAGAUAGAAAAUUUCCAUCUGAUAGAUAGAUAGCAUUUCCAUCUGUAUAGUCAGAUAGAAAAGAAGACAGAACUCCAGUGAUAUUCGCCGAUAAUGUAGCUUCAGAGAGGAGAUGUAAACACUGUGUUGCUGAGGGUAAUCUCCCCCCCUUCGUCUGGUAUUUAUUAUUAUUAUUCUUUAAAACUCACAAGGCUUUAAAUCACACCAUUAAUGUAACGUGUAGUUAGGCCCUGGCUUAAACACAUUUGGAUCAAUCUUAGCGUGAGGGGAGAGUUUUCUUGUUGCUUGGGAAUAUACUCUAAUCUCUUUUAUUAUGUUUGAGAUCUGUUCAAAAGCUUGGUGAAUACUUUGAUCUGCUACCCAAGUACAAAAAGAGCUUAACUCAGGGAUGGGGAACCUGUGGAUCUCCAGAUGUCGGGAGUCUCACCAUCCGUGGCUUAAUGCUGCAGGAACUAUUCUAGAUAAACGCAGAGUUAUCAGCGAAAAGUCAUGCUCCAAUAAACUUCUUUUGACAUAUCUAUGCUUCAGACUUAACCUGGGAUUUGUAAAUGCCAUCUCUAUGCUACAGCAGGUCAUGUACAUGUGACAGACAGGAGCGCUUAACGGAAUUCCCAGAACCAAAUACAAUUGCCAGGAUUCUUUAGGGGAAGACACGCAGGUUAACCUUGUAUAGAAACCACACUGGUCUCUAGCAUCUUAGGCUUGUCUUUUUGCUAUUUGUGUGGCAUUUACUUGCUUCUGUGUAGGCCUGGACACUUCAUAGUUGCAUCCAUCACUAUUUACUGUACUAUUUAUGAAAUAUACUCAGAGUCGCAAAGUGAUUUCAUGCUCUUUAUUCAGCUCAUAGUGGUGAGGAGGAAUGAAUGAAUGUCCCCUCAAAGUAUCUGCUUUAUAUACAUUAUUUACACAAUGGGCUGCACAUGAUUGGCUAAUUCUGGAAUUCUACUGUAAGCCAAUCAGGUUGUGGAUUCACUUAUAUCUGGAGCAUGAUUGGGUGGUUCCUGCCAACCAAUCAUACUGCUGCAUUGUUCUAGGACCAAUCAGACUGCUGCAUUCUGAAUCCUAUUGUUCUAGGACCAAUCAGACUGCUGCAUUUUGGAUCCUAUUGUUCUAGGACCAAUCAGACUGCUGCAGUUUGGAUCCUAUUCAACUCAGUACAUAACAAUUUAUUUUGUAUAAAUCACAUUUUAAUGUGUUUCCUUUUCACUCCGAUCUUCCUUCCAUUCUUUGCAAGCAUAAUUCUGCUCGCAAGCCAGUGUGGUGUAGUGGUUAAGAGCAGUAGUCUUGUAAUCUGGGGAACUGGGUUCGCGUCUCCGCUCCUCCACAUGCAGCUGCUGGGUGACCUUGGGCUAGUCACACUUCUUUGAAGUCUCUCAGCCCCACUCACCUCACAGAGUGUUUGUUGUGGGGGAGGAAGGGAAAGGAGAAUGUUAGCCGCUUUGAGACUCCUGAAAGGGAGUGAAAGGCGGGAUAUCAAAUCCAAACUCCUCUUCUUCUUCUUCUUCUUCUUCUUCUUCUUCUUCUGCUGUCUUAUCAGGACACAUUUCUGCUUAUGCAAACCAUUUCUGCCAUUGAAAACCUGGUGGUCUUUGCAACUCAGCAGCCACUUUGGAGUGGUUAGGUUGGCUUUCAGACUUGCUAGCUCCACAGUUUUUCUACACAGAAUGCAUUCUGGGUCCUGGAUUGCACUGGUGGAAGUUCUUGGGUUGGCAGACCCUUGGAAUAUUAUAACAGAAUAGCUGUGGUGUGACUGCUUGUUUGAGUGGUUUGUUUGUUUGCCUUUUUUUAAAAGAAGAAAAAUAAUUCUUCUUCUCCAAAAUAUAUGUUUGAACAGUCAGAUGCAUAGUGUGCUCUAUAAAUAAUAGAGGAAUCAAGUCUGUGCAAAGUUUAGAAAGGCAACAAGAUUCAGCCAUUCCCCCACCCCUUAUUUUUAAGGGAUUAGUUGUAUAUCACUGCAUCUCACGUUGUGUGUGUGUGUGUGUGUGUGUGUGUGUGGUCUAGUGAAAUGCUUGCUCUAUGGGACUACUGUGAGUUAGCCUGCCUUCCCUAUUUUGAGGUUCUCACAUCUGUGCAUAAAAAUCCUGUGCAUAUUUUCUAAAAAGUUAGUCUUGCUAUAUACAGUUACUCCUGGGAAAGGGUGCAUAGGAAUCAUGCUACAUGCCGUUAACUUGAAUGCAGUGGUACCUCUGGUUACUAACAGGAUCCGUUCCGGAGGCCGUUUGCAACAUGAAAAGAGUACAACCCGCAGUGGCGCCCCUGUGCAGGUUGCAAUUCGCUGCUUCUGCGCAUGCACGCGAGGUCAUUUUGCACUUCUGCGCAUGUGCGAGUGGCGAAACCCGGAAGUAACCUUUUCUGGUACUUCCAGGUCGCCGCGGGACGUAACCUGAAAGAACGUAACAUGAAGCAAACAUAACAUGAGGUAUGACUGUAUAGUUUCCCAGAUAAGCCUUUUUGGCAAUAUUGUCAUAGCUUGCUAUAUAAUCUUUGAGGUUGCAAGCCAGUAUAGAACAUUAAAUCAUGGCUGGGGAGGCCCAGGGUCAGAGUGGGAGACAGCCCCACUCUCAGUCUUUAGCCUACCUCACAAUUAUGUGAAGAUAAAGGGUGGGGGGCGGACCACAAUGUGCAGCAAGAUGCCUACAGGAAGCUCACAACCAGGGCAUGAGGCAAUAGUCCUUGCUAUUUCCUAAUGACUGUUGUUCAGAGGUAUGGUGUCCAUGAUCCUCUAGGUAGCAUAUAGCCACCAAGUCUUGUAGUCUGUGAUAAACUUUUUCCUCCAUUGAUUUGUUUGUAAGAGCAUAGGUCCUGGAUAGAUAGGGGGACCACCUAUCACUGACCACAACUGGUGAAUACAGCAGGGGAGGCCAAUGGAGAGGCAGCAGUUCUCUCGAUGGCUCAUUUGGGCAAACUGGUUCUCUUGGUAGGGUGGCCAGAUACCCCCCCCCAAAAAAGAAAAAAAAGCAGACAACAUCACCAAAACAGAGGGCACAUAUUUGCGUAAAAUUUACAUAUGCUCAUGUAUGUACCCAUGCAUAUUUAGGAAUAAUUGCCCUAAUUUAAAUCAAAAUAGAAUACUCUAGUGAAGAAGUCUAUGAGCAUGUGACCUGUGUACCUGCUUAAUAUGCAGUCCAAGCACUAGCUGUUGAUGGGCUUCUUCUGCUCUCCCUUAGUAUGGGUCUAUAUUUUUCAGCUGCACUUGGACUGGACAGCCCUUCAAAUAGAGGAGUGUUAUCUGUAAAGUGGAACACACUCUAUCUCUGGCGCUGCAGCAGGACUGAAUCCCAAGUGCAGCCAGUAGUCUUCUGCAGAUUUAAGAAUGUCUGCUAAGACCUACACAGAUGGUGUUUGGUUUUUUUGGGUUUUUUUUAAAAAAGGAGAGCCUGCAGUGAAAAUUUGAGCAGAUAAGCAGUUUCUUGCCUAAAGCCGCAUUUGUUUUAAAUGCAAUGCUUUCCAUAUGACUUUCUGGCUGAUUUGGUUCCUUUUGUAUCCUUUGUCCCGUGAAAACUCUUUAUACUAAUUCCAGUUGGAAAGCUGUGACGUUUAUUGGUGGAGGCAAAACUGAUCAACUGCAGACUCCCUUCCUGCCAAACCAAGCUAGCAAAAGUUCAGUGAUAUUAUGUGGCCAGUAGGAAUGUAUUCAGUCUUCGUAAAUAAGACUCAUUUAUUGCAGAAUGAAGAGCCAGGAGAGAUAGCAGUAUGUGGAUGUGCAAGGUCUGUAGCUCUUGAACGUGAUGCAUUUAAAGACCUUAGAAUAAAACCUGCUACAUAAUAGAAUAUUGAACAGUCCUGCGUUGCUGGCAAAAUUGCAUUAUUGUUCAUAGGACUCGUGCCUACUGUUGCAUUCUUUGUGAGCUGCAUUACAAGCCGCAGCGCCUGUAAUCUAGACUUAACUGGCUGGUAAACCUUGGCCUAUAACUACUUCUAUGGGUUGCUGGAGGAAUACAAAAUGAACAUACUGUAGUAGUUAGCUGCACUCUUCAAAGACAAUUUACAACUUUUAAAAGAAAAUACAGGAAAUAAAAAGGCUGACUGAAAGGUUUUUAAUUGAAGAAAGGGCAGUGGUUGCUGAAAGGGUGAUCUGUUUGCCAGGUACUUUAUUGUAUGUAAUAACUGCCUAGAACAUCAGUUUGUAGUUUUAAAGGGGAUAUGGAGAGGGUAGAAUGCUUUGGGUAAAUAAAGGUGAGGCCUGCAGCAAAAUGUUGCAGUAUGGAGUACUGCCUGAUCAGCAUUCCACUCGCUCCAUUCUAUUCCCCCUCCUCUCACAGUCAAUGAGCAUUCUAUUGCUAUGGAGCAUGCUCAGUCUUCAUCAGGCUUUGUGUUCCCCCCCCCCCCAUCUAGCAUUCUGUGCAUUGCUACUGAGCAUGCAUAGCCUUCAUUGGGCUGCUUAAGGGAUUUCUUCCCCCCCUUAAUUGGGAGGAGUCUGCUAAUUCAUUAUGUUUUCCUAUUAUUCCAUUUCCUUUAUGGAUAUCUAUUUGUGGCUUGAAAGUGAGAUUUCCAUCUUCUACCCAUUCACAGCCUGUGUUGGAGAUACUUCUUCUGCAAUUUGUGUGUCUCCAUAGUUCAAAAUGCUUGAGAAUGUGUGUCAACAUUUGUUCUCUUUUUUGUCUCCCCAACCCCCUUUUUCCUAUCUGCUCAUCACAUUACCUAUUUGCUUGUUGGAAGUAAUGGCUGGUGACUGUAUGUUUAACAAAUGAUGCAAAUUUAGCUGGUGUAUCCUGAGACUUGUUGUUGGAUAUAUACCGUAUUUUUCCGUGUAUAAGACUAGGGUUUUGUUUUUUUACCCAAAAAUUAGUUUUAAAAUUGGGGCUCGUCUUAUACACGGGUAGUGCUGAGGGGGUGUUUUCUUAAUUUGGAGUCCCACAAAAUAGGGGGUGUCUUAUACUUGGGGGCGUCUUAUAGAUGGAAAAAUACUGUACUAUGUAACUUGUGCCUUCCUAGAACUACCAUGCUUGCAAACAUCUUGCAACCAUGAUUUCAGGGUAUCUGUUAUAAUAUGCCACAAUGGGCAUAUUAUUGUCCCUAUUUUCCAGGGAUAGUCUCAGAUUUACAGAAACUGUCCUGGUUUCUGAUUUGAUCCUGGAAUGUCCCACUUUUUCUUAGGAUGACCCUAUUUUCAUUGGAGAAAUGUUGGUGGGUUUGGAGUUAUCUGACCCCUGAGCCAUCUGAAGGCAGCCCUGUACAGGGAGGUUUAAAAAUGUUUAAAGUUUUUAUUAUGUUUUUGUUUAUGUUGGAAGCCACCCAGAGUGGCUGGGGCAACCCAGUCAGAUGGGCUGGGUGGGGUAUAAAUAAGAAUAAUAAUAGGACGUCCCUAUUUUCUUCGGAUAAAUGUUGGAGGGUAUGGUUCUUGUUUUGUUCACCUCUGAACAAAUCAGUUUCAGUUCCUUGCCAUAAACUGUCAGGGAUGUCUCUAAGUGUCAUUGGCUCCUGGCAUUUCCUUUCUGAUAUUCCAAACACGUGGAACAUCUGGACACCAUAUCUGAGUAUUCAUGCCUGGCCAAUUUAGUAUGUCAUUUCCCUCCCCCUGCUUUUUUUGCACAAUACAAUGCCAAAGCAUCCUGUCUGAAUCUUCUUUAAUAUGCCUGGUGUCAGUGGUUUUUGGAAUAACGAUUCAUUCUCCUUGGAGUACAAGUCCCCUUUCUGUUGUUAACUCUGCUUUGAUGCUCCAGAAGUCCUUAAGACUUGAUUUUGGGCCAAUCUCCUUUUAUCAUCCUAAUAAACAUUUUCAUAGUUUCAUCUUUGUUUCUUAUUUCUUCCAUUUUCUCUUCAGUGGCUGGAAUGCUUGUGAAUAUCAUGUGUCAAAGAGCGAGUCGGCAGUAAAUCACAUGGUCAAAGUUGGAGUUAAUGCUUUAUUAGCAAAAACACAAUCUUCACAGACUGGGCUGAGUGUCAGGCCUAAUGAGCAAAGCAGCUCAUCUCUGGUAGGUCUGGCCACAUUAAUCAGUUGCCUCUCCACACCACAGCCGUCAAAGUCCCUUCCUCUCCAGGGGUUUCCUAACAAUUAGAGACAUGUUCAGCCUGCCUCUGCUCUGCCCAUUUCAGCUCUCUUCUGGUUCUGGGAGACAAUGGGGAAAUAGAGCUUGUCAUAGAAGGAUGGGGAGAGACCCAUGGCUCUUCACCAGCCUGACUGAUCUCUGCCUUUUGGCCACCCUUCUCCCACUUGCCUGUUUCAGCUUCUGCCUCUGAUUCUAGACUUCUCUUUGCCACUGACUCUCCCAGCUCACUAAGCCCUGUUAGCUCUUCCCAGUCUUCUCCCUCUUCUAUCUCUGACCACUCGUUGUUGUAACACCCCUACUCCCCAGGCUCUGCGCCUUCUUCCCUUGGUGGUUCCCCGGCUGAUUCCUCCCACCAUUCCUCUGCGUCCAACCUGUCCAUGACAUCAAGUGUACUUGCUGCUCCAGAACAUCUUCCUUUGUAGCAGAGGCAGUUAACCUAUGGCCCUUCAGCGGUUGUUGGACUUCAGCAUCCAUCAGUCCUAGCUAACUGAUGGGAGGUCUAUCCUGACAACACCUGGGGGGCUAUGAGUUUCCCACCCACUGCUGUAUAGCAUUCUUUCUAGGUAGAAAUGUUUUGGUUGAAAAGUUUGCUUGAUGUAUUUCUGUCCUUGGUUUAUAGCUAGUUUUUCAGACCAUAUUUCAGAAGCAGGGGAAAACAUGAUUUACAAUCUGGCUCAAGUUGGCACCUCAACUUGAGGCUUCUUCAUCAUGUUCUCCAGUGGCUUGUGGUCUGUCUUCACCAUAACUGUUGUUCCACCAUAGAUGUAUUCAUGGAUAUUUGCACAAUCUACCACAAUUACAAACAUUUCGUCUCAUCCCUAAGCCUCUACCACUUGUGUAAAGUUAUCACUGCUAACCCUGGAGAAAAUCUGACUAAACAGUUAAACAUUCCCAAUAUAGUUUCCAUCUCUGAUAUGGAUGUUGAGGUUUCCAGUUGUUAUAUUGCUGCAGUUUUGCCUUAGAUCUGGUUUUAUUUCUUUUGGAGCCAGUAUAAGGCCAAAAAAGUAAUAUUGCUGAUCUUUAUCUGCAUUUUAUUUUGAUUUAGUUUCUGGGUUUUUCUUUCUGCAUCUUUGCAGCUGUGUUUCCUGGUUAUGUUCCUUCCACAUAGAGCCAUGCAUCAGCGUAUCAACAGUAAUGAUUUUGACACCUGGUAAUUCAGGGAUGGAGAACCUAUGGCCCUCCAGGUGGUCCUGGGCUCCAACUUCCACCAGUCCCAGCCAGCUUAGCCAAUCAUCAGGCAUGAUGGGAGUUGGAGUCCAACAAGACCUGGAGUGCAAUAAGCUCCCCAUCUGUACUGUAACCCUUCUAAUAAGGUUUUCCUUUGAAGGAUUCCUGGGUGGAGGAAAUUCCUAAAGGCACCCUGCUGAAGUUCCAUCAGCCUUCAGUGCAUUGACUUGUGUCAAUUGGCUGGUUCUUAAUCUAGCAUCAGCUGCCAGUAUCUUGUUUGUGCAUUCAAUAUAUUUAAGUACUUGGCUUGUGACAGCUUGUAUGUAAGAAGCUUGUAGUGUGCUGUCAAAUUUAAAUCUCUUGGAUUGAAGACGUUAACUCUGCAGCCACCAAAGAGUUGACCCAAUCUGCCACUUCGUCUGCACUCGCCAGUACUCCAGUUUGCACCAUGUUCCAUUUCAGUUUUUCUCUUUGAGAAGAAGAUUAAUGUUUCCAAGUGCAUGAAUAACUGGUUAUGCAUCUGGCUUCAACUCCGUUUGACACUGGUUUGGUACACAGCCUAGAUCUGCAAAUUCAUCUGCAAGCAUUCUUUCCGUUUUUGCUUUCUGGGGGCCAAACUAUAACUUGCGAUUUAUGUAUAGCAUGAAGCUCCAUCUCCAUUUUUCUUGACUCAGUUACAGGCAUAGAGGGAUUCCAGUUGUUACUGGAGCCACAGUGCACAAGGAGAGAAGGUUUAUCGCUUCCCUCCCUAGCCGUAAGCACCAAUCGCCCCUCCUUGCAGUGCUACAAAGUUUUGUACAAAAGUUCUCAUUGGCACCAAAGGGUACUGCCUUUUUUUUUUUACUAAUACUUUCAAGGCAGACAGAUGCCAACAACAAUAAUAGCCAUGAUGGUGGGGGGGUUUUGAGGGGGGGGAGAUGUUAUGACUAGAGAAGGAAGGGAGAAGCCUUCUCCUCCUCAUGCAGGCCAAAGGCUCUUCAUAUUUGGUCUAAAGGAAUGUGAUUGUUUAUCUUGUUCCAUAUCUUAUGAUAGGGCAGAGCUACAUAUUGUAUAUAGCUCUGACAACAAAAAGUCUGUAGAGACUAACAGACUGAUUACAGAGUAAGACUUUGCAAACUAGAAUCCACAUCUUCAACUGGCAUGAGAUAUACAUGGGUAGAGAAAAAAAUGGGGCCAAAUGACUAUGAAAUGUAAAAAUAAUAAUUGUCUGGGACCAUUCUAUGUACCAUGUAAAACAAGCACUGUGACCAUUUGCAACAGCAAUAAUUGGUGUUUCUCAGCUGUUAUUCUGAAUAGUCAGUUUACUUACCUUAAGCUUUAUAUAGAAUUGUCACAGUCCUUUUGCAUUUUGUAGCCAUUCCUCCCUGAUUUUUUCUCUAUACUCCCUUCCUCUAGAGUAACAUAGCACGGGUACCCUCCAGAAAAUGUAGUUCUAUGAUUUAUUUAUUUUUUAAAUCAUGUAAAACACCCGUGGUUGACUUCCAGUUGGGAAGGGAAGGGAAGAGGUAGAAGAGUGAGCGUUCAGCCCUUUCCUUCCCAACCACUCAAAAUCUUACAGUUCUUUAUAGACAGCCAGGCCUUAUCAAAGCUAAGCAACCAAACUCCUUUCAAUAUUGGGUGGGUGUAUGGUAGCUGCCCUUGCUGUAUCCUCAGAUUCUCAGGGAGCGGAGGAAUGAGCUGCUGGCAGUGGCGGAGCUUCAUGCUCCAGCACCAGGGGGGGCGGAGAGCAGGUGGGGGUGGGGCUGGCAUGUGUCCUGGGGGCGUGGCAUGCCACCUGCAGGGGUGUGGCGUCCAGCGCGGAUGGGGGUGCAGCUGCGAUGGCACUCCACUGGGAUCGCACUGCCAGGGGCGGUGCGCUCUCCCCGCACCCCUCUUCCUCCACCAGUGGCUGCUGGCACCUCCUAAUCCCUUCAAUGGUUGUCAACCUGAUGAACCCUAAGCCUCCUUGGGAGUGGUGUAGAAUCGGGAAGCCUCACCGGACCCUUAAAGUGAUGAAUUGAUUAUUAUGCACCACUGCUUCAUUUGUCUAGCUUUAUCUCAGAUUCACCUUUUAUCAAACUUGUCUGCUCAAUUAAUAAAUUGCGAAGGUUAAAAAAAAAAAAGGUGCCACUUAUGUUAAACAGUUAACACAUGAAGAGCGCUUAAGAGUAACUCUUGAUUUGUGUGUUUGUGUGUUUUUACGUUUUUUUGAAGAGAAGGAAGUGCCAAGCAGACCUUUAAGAGUGCGCGGCCGACCAUCAUCAGCUGACAGGGCGUUUGUUCGGUGGAGGCCACCCCAUUCUUCAGGUUCAAGGAGCCUACGUAGAUAUCCAGGUUACCUCUUGGGAUAUGGAGAGAGCAGCAGAAAGAUGAGUUAUAAGCCACUGCCAAAAGAAGAAAGAAGUCAUGAGGUUAAAAGAUUAGGUAAGUCAAGGCCAAAGUUUAUUUUGCACAAAAUAAUGUUUUCACUUUUGUUUGGGAUGAUGAAGCAUUGGGUUGGGUUCAACUAACCAGGCACCCUAGCGGAAGCCAAUGCAAGGGCACCCAAUAGUGCAAUAGUCCCCCCCCCCCGUACCAUCCCCUGUGCUACUCUAGAGGGUCAGGAGAAUGCCCAGUGCAGUGCACAGCUGGGCAAGUGAAAAGGUUUGUGCCGAUUCCUUCUCCCUAGUAAUUUGGUUCAGUGGGUUAAUUCCCUCAUUAGAGCAGAUUCCUGAAAGUGUCUAAUACACUUAUAUCUAGAAUUUGACUGCAUGUGUUAUGAUCUGCUAUGUAAGCAGUUAUAGGUGUUUAAGCAAAAGUAAAUUCUUGGCCAGGAUGAAAAAGGCAAUGGCUUGUAUCCAACUAAGUUGUCCUCAAAGUUGACCCAUUGAAAUUAAUGAGCCCGAAUUCGUCAUGCACAUUACUUUCACUGGGUCCACUCUGAUUAUGACCAUAGCUGUCAACGUUUCCCUUUAUUUAAGGGAAAUUCCCUUAUUCUGAAUAGGAUUCCUCGCAAGAAAAGGGAAAAGUUGACAGGUUUGAUAAUGACUACUAUUAUGUUGAAUUACUCAAGCUAAGUUGUAGUAACUUCACAGAAGAGGUAGCUUAUAAUUUUUGUAAUGUUUCAGCUAAAUUGAGCGUUAGCAAGCCAAGUGUUACUCCACUUCCAACAGUUUGGUGGAGAUAAAACUUGGCAACACUAUUAGAACUGGUAGCUUUCAAUGGUUUAAUUGACCCAAGCUUCAGUUAAUUAGUCAGAGGGGUCCAAUUUCAAAUAUUAGGGGUCAAUUUUAAGCAAAAGAGCUUCAAAUGAAGGGAAAACUUGUACUUUGUUUAAGCCUCAUUUGGUUCUGAUGUUACAUACUCCACAUCUUUAGACGUUGUGUGCCACAUUUUAAGAAAAACAUCAACAAACUGCUCACUGAAUCGCCAGACAAAGAGAAGACAGAAUCAUAGAAUUGUAGAGUUGGAAGGGACUGUGAGGAUCAUCUAGUCCAACCCCCUGCAAUGCAGGAAUCUUUUGCCCAAUGUGGGUUUCGAACCCAUGACUCUGAGAUUAAGUAUCUCAUGUUCUUCCAACUGAGCUAUCCCAACCAACAGAAGUUAUCAAAAUUUGUCUGAUGGGUUUGCAUAGCCCCUUGGUUAGUGUUUCCAUAUGAGGUAAAAUGUAGAGGAAUUUCAGAGUAGAACAGCUGAGGAAUUUCCUACAGGAAAGCGUACAGGUGUGGAAACCCCAAAGGUGAUUCCCCUUUGAGAGAAUUGCAUGUGAGGUGUGGCAAUAUAAUUCACUACACGCUGCAUGACUGCUACUUUAUACUCAAACUGAGACUCAGAAGAGAAGCUGGUUUAAUUUCUGUGUAAACAGUGCAGGAAAUACAGCUGUAACUUGUUAGCUCAAGAUGGAACAAUGGCAAAUGAAGUCACCCUGAGCUGAGGUGGGAAGAGCAACUGGUGGGAAAUUAAGGUUAGAGGCUCUUGUCCAAGUUCUAACCUCAAGAUGGCUGUUCUGCCAGUCCGCCAAUGCAUGUAGGAAUAUGCGGAGCAAGGUGAAGAAGGUUGCCUUGAAGGAAGGAAAUGACAAUCAGCUUAAUCUUAAAAAGCAAAACUCAUAUUGGCUGCAGCAUAGCCAAUGCAGAUGUAAUGGAAUAAUCUUAUCUUCAUGUGGUACAGUCUUAAACUAUCUGAUCUAAUUUGUCCCCGGGGGAAAGAGAUGAAAUCCUAGUUACUUAGUGAUGAAUUGGGAACAGGUGGUGCAAGAUAGGAAGCAGAGACUUUGGUUUUAGCUGGUUGACUUGUAUAGUGUUGGUGUGUGUUGAGUAGUUCAUACUGGCUUCAGCCCAUGACCCUGGUCACAGGGAAUUGUGCCACAUCCGUGGGUGGCUAUGGAAACGAAAGAAGGCUGGCGUGGAACUAUCAUUCAAUAUUUUUAAAGAAGAAACCUGCUAGGAUUCACACUUAAUUGGAUACUGUGCCCUCUACCAGUCUUGCAGCCUGUUCCCAGAUGUAUGCAGGCUAGUUGGGUUCACUCAGGAAUCCAAUAACAUCUGGAGGGCCACAGGCUUCUCCAUCCCUGCUUUACUGCAUUUUAAGAUUGAUACUGACAUUGCAUGGCAUAGACAUUGCUCUGGAGCUGACUGAGGACUCCCAGGUAAGUUCCACCCUCUAUUCUGUGUGCAGGGCAGUCCUAACCGUACCUCGUCAACUCCCCUAGCAACACCUCCCCAGCUGGGAUUGGUUAACUGUCUGAGGUUAGGCGGGAACCUCCAGGUAUCCAGCUUGGGGAGGCGAAGCCAGUCUGACUUGCCGGGGAUCGUGUAGGGUCAGGGGGCUGCGUGGGACCAUGCAAAAAGUGCCCCCAAUUUGAAGUGGGGAGCAGUCAUUUCUAAUUUAGGGUUUGAAAACAAAAACAGCUUAAUCACAGUAUUCUAUAUUUUUGAGACUAUGUCCACUAUAAAUUACCGGUAUUUAACUCCAGCCAUUUGAGCUAUUGAUCAUGGUUUACUAGCAUGAGUAGCCAACCUGUAAGUGGCCAUAAUAGUAAAGAAAGAAGGCCCUGAUUGAGGUCGCCCAUCUGAGGUUGAGUGGGCUAAGGGGCUAAUCAGGAUAAUUAUGUAAGCAGGACCAUUAAGCCUGGCCCAAUAUAGAAGCAUCAUGUAGUUCUGGUGCAAUAAGAGGCCAAUGCUAAUAAUGAUGAUGUCCAGAAUUCUCAUUACUGACACACUGUUGUGGUUGUAUUUCAGAAGAGGAUGAGCUGGAGGAGACAAAAGACAUCGCUGUUCGUGUAAUGUCUUCUCAGUCCGUGCUUGUUACCUGGACAGAUCCCAUCUAUGAGAAACAGAAGAAGCCUGUCUCCUCUAGGUACUAGAGAUUAUUUUGUUUGCAUCUAGAUAUACCAGAGGUGUUCCAAGUCCAACCUGUAUGAAGCUACUGAAAGAUGGCAUGGUCAGGGGAUCACUUCAGGAUAAAAUAAAGCGAGUGGUUUCAUACCUUCCUUUGCACAUGAGUAAUAAGGCUGACCUGUACUAGUGCCAAUCCACAGCAUGUCUGGUGCAUCUUGGUGGGUAUCUGACCUCAACAAUCUACAGUGUACUGCCUAGCAGACUGAUGUCCCUUUUUCAUUGCAGAUAAGGUGUGAAAAGUAUUGUUGUGGAUGGUCAUGCCUUCAUUUUCCAGAAGUGGUAUUGUUUUUCUUCUAUUAGGAUUGUUUUUAAUUCAGCACAUGAAAUAGAUGAGGACAGGGAAGAGAGAGAUUUCUAUAAAAGGCCUUGCAGAAGUUGCCUUACCCAGUGCUGGCUCCAUAUUGGGGGCCACCCCGGAAGUCCCCACUCUUGCUUUUCCAUUUGGAAGUGUUUUUUCAAACACCUCGUGCUGGAGCAUUGAGCAAAGACAGUGAAACUUAAUUGGAGCUGCUUGUGCAAGCUCUUACAGAAGCACUAGAACCAUUAGGGUUGCCAUAUUUUAAAAAGUGAAAAUCUGGACACAAAAGUUGUUGAGCUUUCUUGGGCAAAAUUUUGAGCUUUUUUUCGGUCAAAGUUGCUGAGCUUUUUUGGAAAAAAAUCAUAAACACAACAUUUUUGAGGUAUUUUUCAGGAAGAUCAACAAAAACGACACUGCCGGCAUGGGUGCUGCCAUACGUCCAGAUUUUCCCAGACAUUUUGCCAUUUUCCGUCCGGACACUGCUUCUGACUGCAGUAUUCUGGGUGUGUCUGGGAAAUUCCAGGCACUAUGAUUUAGUGUAGAAGAUCAUGUGACACACGAUCAGUUUUAAUGACACUCCUGUGUUUGAGGAAAUGUGAUCAUAGCCUUAUUAUUGUGACUCAGAAUUGCUAUGUCCCCCCAAACAUUUAACUUGUACUUCUGGUGAGUAUAGUCCAAUGGACUUGUGAUGAGCUGAACAGUUAUGGUUGUGCUUUAUAUCUUGUGACUGUGGUUAACAGUGCAUUCUUCCAUGUUUUAUUCUAAGGCAGUACACUGUCCGUUAUCGAGAGAAAGGGGAAUCAGCGAGGUGGGAUUACAAACAAAUACCCAACAGAAGGGUGUUGGUAGAUAAACUGAUUCCAGACACCAUGUAUGAAUUUGCAGUUCGAAUCUCACAGGGAGAAAAGGAAGGCAAGUGGAGUGCCUCAGUUUAUCAGAGAACCCCAGAAGCUGGUAUGUAUAUUUAAGAAUGUGAUUUAUACGAGUUAAUUGCUUGGGGUUGGAUCUGCGACUACUUGGGGCUGCUUUACACAGAAUUCUACACCAUUCAACAUCUCAUUUCUUGUGUCAGCAAUUGAUUACCCAACUGAAAAGAAUUGUGUUUGAGGGCCAUAUAUGAGAUUCCACCAUAUGGGCACAUGCUGCCCAGACGGAUUUCAUGGGAGGAAUUCAAUGUGUUCCAUCAGCACAAGUCUUGACUGAUGGAACAAUCCCCCCUCUUCUCUCAUUGUGCAUAGUUCUGGGAGUUCUCCUGACACCCCCUGAGCCAAUUUGGGGAUGGGCAUGAGGGAGCGCAGGGGGAGGAAAAGGGGAAAGCCCCAUUGUACAACUGGAAGUCAUAGCACAGGGCUUCCACUGAUGGGACUCGUCAGGUGAAUCCUGCCGUAAUCAUUUUGCUCCCCUCUCUCCUACUGUAAUAUCUAAUAGCACAUAUCUCGUGCUGUGAUGUCACACCAUUCUUUAUUUCUGUCCCCAACUCACUCUACAUCAUUGCCCCUUGGAAGUGGUCAGAAAAUGUGGAAACUUCAUAGCAUGGGCAAGUUUUAACAGGAAUAACAGAGAAUGAGGAGUAGAUAAAUGCACUUCUACGAUUUUGGGUGAAAGGUGUACAUUUUACUGUGAUGUUUCGUUUGGGCCCUAAACUCACAUGAACAUUUGUGAAUGAUGGUGUCAGUGCCAUAUACACAAGUAAGAAAAAGAGGCUGGUUUUGUUCGGGUUCUUUUAGUCCAGUCUUUCCCAUCUUUGUUUCCUCCAGUUGUUGUUGGACUCCAGCUCCCAUCAUCCCUGACCAUGGAACAUCCUGGCUCAGGGAUCAUAGAGUCCAAAAACACCUGGAGGGAACCAGGUUGGGGAAGGCUGCUUUAGUCCAUUUCCAAAGUGUUUUGCAGAAUCUGGAUUUUUAAAACAACAACAACAACAACAACAACAACAACGCAGCUGAUAAAAAUGGGGAUGCUUUCAAAUUGCUUCAGGUGGCACCUACCUCUUUUCAAAUGCCUGGAUUCCAUCGCCCAACUCCAUUGCUUAUUUUCACUACUCCUUUCCCCCUUUUUCUUCUUGGUCUGUUGUAUAUGUCACAGCUCCCACUGGUGCUCCAGAAAACCUGAAUGUUUGGCCAAUCAAAGGCAAAACAGCCACUGUUGCUGCUACCUGGGAUGCUCUUCCAGAGAGUGAAGGAAAAGUGAAAGGUAGGUGGCGACCACAUAGAUAUUACUGUAUGUAUAGCAGAACAACUGUAAAUCACCUUGAAAUUAAUAUGAAAGGCAAUUAAUACAUUAACAAACUAACAUGAAAGGUUCUAAGCUCCAGCUCAGGUAGAGCCGCUGAGCAAAGAUGAAGGAAACCACAUAUUCAGUCCUGAAAAUCCAGUGGCUAUAAUGUACUCAGCUUCUGCUUGUGGCUUGAAAAUCCUGCUGCUCUGCUCUAGGUCCAGGGCUGGGGGAUCUGUGGCUCUCCAUAUCUUCUUGAACUCUGACUCCCAUCAACCACAGCCAGAAUUGCCAAGGAUCAAUGUUGAUUGGGUUAUAGUCCAACAACAUCUAGAGGGCUGCUGGUUCUCUGGCCUUGUUCUAGGUAAUAUGCUCUUAUUGCCUGGUGGUCUGCUGGCAGGCUGAAAUGUCUUUGGUUGUUCGCAGUGCUGCAAACAGAGGACUUUCAGCUGUGGAACAUUUUGACCUUGACUCCUGAGUGCUCAGCUACACCGCAGAUCUAAAAUGGCCUGGUAGAUUUUCCUUCUCUCCCAUGGCUUUUAGUUUUGUGAGGGACCAAUAAGAGAGAAUUCCCGCAACUUUCGUUGAGCCACAAUCCUUCAGAUUUUCUUUGACUGCUUGAUUCUCUUUGCAACCUUUGUUCAAGACAUUUCUAGCCAUCAGCAUGAUCUAUGCACAAGUUCCAAAUUCUACACCAUAACCCCACAUAGAGGGGUAGGUUGUGCAGACAGACCAGCAUGGAACCAAGGUGUGGGUCAAGAAUGCUGAACUGGAAGGGACUGGAUUAUACAGGGUCGUGAAAGCAGCCACAAGAGAGGUCUAUUUUUAAUUUGCACAGAUACUCUGACUCCUUCUGUUAACACUAGAUGAAUUUUGUUCAUAUAUCCAAAUAUUGCCUAUUUUGGAAGAACACGUGCCCCGUAUAGCUAUUGCUGGCAAGCCGUGAUGCUAUGUGUCCUAUAAACGGCUGGUAGAGUCUAUAUUUUUCAAAGAUAGUAUUAUCCACUUGUCUUUAUUUUGAAUUUUCUGUUGUUUUGAGUUAUCACCAUAGGCACCACUUUUUAUAUAUACAGAAGCAAAUUCUGAAUACAGCAGCUCAUGCAAAGCAAUUGCUCUACUUUUGGUACUGCAGAAAAGGGACUGAAGCUGUGGGAUCAAGAAUUCAGAGUUAAAUUCUGUAGAGGAAGCAUUUUUACACAGCAAAUCAGUUGUGGAGUGGAGGGGUUCAUGUGAUCUUUCUUUGGGGUGAAUGUAGAGUUGGGGGAGGGCAUUAAUGUCUCUUACAAACUGAUUGAUUCAAUUUGAAUCUAAAGGGAAAUCUGUCAAAUAUUCACUUUCCAAAAUAUGGGAAGCAAAAUACAGUAAUCUUCUGAAAUUCACACUUCUCUUAAUUUUGCAGCUCUGUCCUCCAACAAACCAGCAUUUACAAAAAUGCAUAUAUUGGGGAGGGUGUAUAAAAAUUAAUACAUAGGUGAAAAUAACAUACAAAAACAAAUUCUAUUAGAAAAAUGGUUUGGUUGCAAAAAUGUGUACGUUACUCAAAACUGCAUACAGAAAUGUGUUUAUUAUAAGAAAUUCACAUCAAAAUGCUGAUGAGAUUUCAUGAAGAUUAAAAACAAACACAAAUUGUGGCAGAAACCUGGAGAAUUUAAGAUCGGAAAAAUGAGAAACAGAGAGAACCAAAAUGACAUGUCCUUCUGGUGUGAAGCCAAACUCCAAAGUGAAGCAUUGUGAGCACAAGCGCCAGAUGAGUCAAGUGGCAACAGAGAGGAAAAAUACUGUCCUAACCUACCUAUUGCCUUCCUUCUCCAGUUAACGGUCUCAUUGAUUCCUGAUCUGAAGCCCUGCUGCUUCCCAUGCUGUUGAGGAAGUGCCAAUGCCUUGUGUCACUGUGCCCCAGUUUCUGAGAGGGAUGAUGCUGGCUGGCAUGAGGAGGAGCCAGCAGCUAUGGUGUGGGCUGCUUUCAUGUUGCCUUACCUUGGCAGUGCAGAAAGGAGCACAUCUUCAUUGCUAUCGGCACUGGGUUGUAUCCAGUGAAGUCAUCUCAUCUGCACAUUGACUUCUGCUUGCAAAACAGAACUUUUCUUCCCUGUCCUCUCCCUACCUCCUGCAAAUCUGCUCCAGAGAUUUGCAAAUCUACAACAGAUUUGGGGGCUGGCACACAAGGAGAGAAGAGGAAAGAGAAGUUCUGUUUUGCAAGCAGAAGUACUUGUGUGAAUGGGACAACUUUGUUGGGUAUAACUCAUAAUUUUAAAAGGUAAUAGUAAUAUCUAAAUGCAACUCUAAAAAUGACAUAGAGCCGUUCUUAGUUAUCUUUACAUUUAGGGCUGGUUGAGGUGUAAGGCUCUAAGAUAUCAAAUGAUUGACACAUCAAGCAAUAGCUGGAAGAGUUAAGAGUGCACAUCUGGCUUAAACCUUCCCAUGCUUGAUGGCAUAUGAUGUUGAACCAGGGAAAGGUGGGCAUGGUUCACUGAAAAUGGCAUGGCAGGCCAACCUCAGAGGUCUGGCAAACCUAUCUAAGCCCAUGGGCCAUGGGUCCAUCAGCAUUAAUAUAUAGCCAUGGACUAUGUGCCUUUUAUGAACUCUUUUUUUAAAAAAAAUAAACAGCUGAUUCACUGUGUUAUUUGCAAAAUCUUAUGAUGUCCAAGGUAGGGGUGGUAAUAUAAACGAUAAAUAGUGAGUGAGAGAGUUGGGUAUUUAGUUAAAUAUAUUUGGACAUUUGCAACUAAAAAGGCUGACGGAAUGCUUGCUCAACUUACUAUGUAUAUGAUGUCUUUGAUGCCCCAGCUGUUGACUUGACGUGCAUUGCCAGUGUAUUAAUUUUAGUAAUGCACGUUCUAAUUCAUCCUACCCAUACAGUCUGUCCGCUGGAAACAGGAUUGUUUUCAGUUUCCUCCUUCCAACCGUCUGCCAAAUCAUUUCAGAAUACAUUCUCUCAUACGCCCCCGCUCUCAAGCCCUUCGGAGCAAAGUCCAUUUCCUACCCGGGAGAUACGACAUCCGCCCUAGUGGAAGAUCUGCAGCCUGGGGAGCGCUAUAUUUUCAAAAUUCGUGCCGCAAACAGGAGGGGCCAAGGGCCUCAGUCUAAAGCCUUCAGUGUUGCCAUGCCAGCAAGUAAGUAUGAUGUUGUCACAGUUCAACCAGCCAGUUUCCUCUUUGCUAUUUUGCCCUAUGUUCCAUUAAAAGCCAUUGGAUCGCUCUGGAGUGGUGACUUUGGAGUGGGUGGGCCAUGUAAACAUUUUACAAGUUGGCUAAAGUAUAUUAGAUUUCAGUGUAGAAAUGGACAUUCUCAUCAGAAUUCUACAGUUGCCUUUAGAGUGCAAUCCUGUGUCGAUGGCUGAUUAGGAUGCUGCAUAGUCACCUCUACAUUGGCCUCCAUUAGCAGAGAGAGCUGUUGCCAAAUUGGAAGGUGGGGUGGCUCCACCCAUGGGGGCCCUAGCUUUGGCCAGCUAGUAGGAAGCUACCACUACUGUUUCUUCUACUGUAUCUAAAGCCCUGCAGAUUCUGUGAGGGGACCAGCCUGGUACUGGCAUAACAAUUUUAAAGUAUUCCAUAUAUAUAUAUUUAUAUUAUAUGUGCUUCCCAGUCCUGUUGAAUGUUUGAAAUGGCCAUUUACCAAGACAAAGGUCCAUCUCACUCAUUAUUGUGUAUUGCCUGGCAGUGUCUCUCCAGGCACCGAGCCACAGUCCUUGCACCCUGGCUGGCAUGAGAUUGCAGGGCUUGGGAUGUGGUGGUUGAUUGAGAACCUCACUGCUUCCUGGUUUGAAUUGUGCUGUUUGUCUCUGAGAUGGAUAGAUUUGAUCUGCAGUGGCAUUUGGUUUUUGGCAUGCAGUGGCAUUUAAUUGUUGACAUUUCACAACUGAUUCCUGCAAAAAGCAAAACAAAUGAAAAAGCUUACAAGUCUUAGGCCCUCACAUUUCAAAUUAAAAUUUUGUCUUAAAAUGCAACCUCAUAACAUUUCAAAUUGUCCAUUUUUUACUAUUUAUGAAUAUUCAUUACUGUGUUUAUUCCAUGGCUAUGUGAACGAAAACUGUAGAUUUAGGACAGGGCUUUGAAUCACCAUAAUUUAAAACAUGGUUUGGGGUUGCUGCCAGAAUGUUUCAUUAGGCAAGCUAUUUUCAUUUUCUUUUAAUAACAGUUGGUUACUUUUAUAGAUUUCUAUUUAAUCUCCUUCCUUCCCUCUGCCCCUCUCUUCUGUUGUAGCCAAUAUAGGUGAAUCAAGUAUUGAUCAACAAACAAAUAUUGAAGCAGAUUUGGAACCGAAAGCAUCUAAGAAUUCUGCACCUUCUUCCUCUGUUCACACCUCUUCUGCCUCAUCACCGUCCUCUUCCUCUAAGCAAACUUUGGGUCAUUCAUCCACUUUUCUCGGUGGCAGAGAUUCAAAAAGUUCUGCUUCUGACUUAAAGAAUAAACUCCUAGCUGGGAGCAGAGUCCCUACCAAGUCUCAGGUGUCUUCUAGAAAGGGAGCAGAGCUAGAAACUGAUUCUCUCUCCAGAGAAGACACUGCUGACCACAGUCCCUCCAAAGAAGCUGCAACAGUGCAGCCACAAAAUCAGGAUGUUAAGAGCAGUGUGAAGUCACACUCCCCAAUUAAACCUCCACACUCUGUCAUUUCCUCAGGUAAAACACCUCAUAGGUCACGCACACCUGUAAGAACAGGGCAGGCAAGCACUGAUAAGCAUCGGUCAUCACCACCCUCCCUCUCACCACACCCUUCAUUACCUUCCAUUCCUAACUAUCCCAAAAUUGAAGCAAAAAAUCUAAGACAGAGCAGCUCUAAACUACCUUCUUCCCAUGAAGUCACGCUGGAUAAUCUGCCGGUUGAUAAUGAAAGUAAUGAUCAAGUUGACAGUUCAGAGGAAAAACCUAAACCUCCAGAAGUUAAGCAUUCAGUUUCACAUUCAAAUCAACAGCCAUCUGGAUCUCGGAAGGUAGUUCAGAAUCACCCCACAAAACCAUUCCUUCCUUCUGUAUCAUCUGCAGCCUCAGAUUCUCAAAGUCAUUCACACCAUCCCUCUUAUAAACUAGUUCCCCCUGAUACCAGUGAUGCUUUUGAUGCUGAUAAAAGCAAAGAAACCAAAAAAAGAGAGCAAAGACCAGGUUCUAGGCUCUCUUCUCCUCAGGGCAGUUCAUCUGCAUCUGUGCAAACAAGGCCUCUCCUGCACUCUAACCGCCAUGUGCCACGAGAUCCGAGAGUUUCUGCGGUUGCUGCUGCUGCUACUCAUACUUUACCUCACUCACAUAGCUCAUCUGCUAAACGUAAGGCUGAGGGAAAAGAAGGUUCUGAUGCUAAUAAUGGUGAAAAUGAUGAAGGAGAAGAUGAAGAGAACAGAAGAAGGCCAUCUUCUAGAUUCAGUUCUAGGUCCUCUUCAAGUUUGUCCGCAUCUGAACGCUUUAAUUUGUUCAAAUAUAGAUCAGCCCUUACUGCCAACAGAUUUGCCAACAAAGGCAGUAAUAUAUAUGGUACCAGGACUCCACCCCCAAAAGGCCCCUCUACUACACAGUCCUCAAAGGUUCAACCUCAGCCCAGUUUACGUUUGGCAUCAGGCAGUAAUCACAGGUCCAGUUCCAAUAAAGACAAAGAACUGGAGGAUGAAGAUGAAAGUCCUCUGCCUUCAACUCUUCCUAAUGCUUAUUCACCAUCCUUUUCUAAACAAUCUUCUUCAGUGGACUAUACCAAAAGGAGGAGUUCUCUGGCUGAAUCUAAGAAUCAUCACAGAGUUAUACAAGAAAACUAUAGCAAAGAACGAGAAGCUACAGAUAUAGAUUCUUCACUUAAAGUUCAACACUCUGAUGCUGUGUCUUCAGUGUCUAGCCAAUCCCCUUCAUUAAGCAGAACAAACCAUCAUUCUGGUGUUUCUUCUCAGUUAACAAAUGGCCAUAGUUCAAGGUCCAGAGGUUCAUCUCCAUCUUCUGAUUCUUUAUUAAGGACAUCUAUGGAAAAGUCAGUUCCUUUACAGCCUCCUGCAUCUAAAUAUCAACCUGACCAUCUUGAGAGCAAAGAUACACCUCCUAAGUCGAAGCAAGCCUCACCUUUGUCUAAAAAACCAUUGAUGGGAAGGUCUCAUGCUUUAUCCCGUAAAACUCUUCAUCCAGAAACCAGCUAUUUCUCAAAAGCAUCAACGGAUCAGUCGCAACAUUCAAGAAGCCACCUUACACUAUCAUCCCACCAGAGUAAUGAAAAACUAGAAGACAGAGAUGAUGACAGUUUGGAGGAAAACUAUUAUAAAGAGGCAAGUGAUAAAGAGGAACAGAAGGGUUCUUAUUCAAUACCUGCCAAAGAAGUCUCUCCAUCUAGGAGAAUAUCUCAGGGAAGAACCAGCUCUCUUUCAAAGCAUUCUGAGUCUCAGACCAGUAAAUCUGGGCAAAGAUCUUCAACUCAGCGAGAGUCUUUAACCUCCUCCAGAGGUUUAGGUCUGUCACCAGGAAAACAUACUGGGUCAAAGAUUAUUGUAUCUAGUGAAGAUACAUCUGAUGCAUAUAAAUUGCCUGCAUCUCCCCAUCAAUCCAAAUCUGUUCAGCCAGCAUCUACCUCUAACAGAGACCUAGACAAAGACCAUCACUACAGCAGAGAAACUUCUUUAUUUUCAAAAUCCUCCUCUACUUCUCUGAGACAAACUCAUCCUUCAGCGUCCCAUUAUCCAUCUGGCUCCAGAGUCCCUACUAGGACAUCAUCUCACACAGACAAAAAAUAUGGACUCCUGCAGCCAGCCCCAACAAAAGUUGAACUUUCUCCCAAAAUGUCAUCCUCUAAAACACAUCAGUUGAUAAACAGUGAUGUUGAUUAUGAGGAUUAUGACCAGUCAGAAAUGGAGGAAAAUCCAACAUCUCCAGCAGCAAAGUGGCCAUCUUCUUCGGUUUCUAGGGGCAGUCAAAGCCUAAAUAACAAUGUUGCUGGUGAUAAAAGUAAAUCACCAAACCCUGCAUUGCCCCCCAAAGCAAAAUUUGCUGAUGAGGAAGUGUACAAACAAGAUGAGGAAGUGUACAAACAAGAUGAGGAGGAGGAACAGGAACAGCCCACUUCUAAAACAUCCAACACUGCAUUGAGUAGAUCUACUGCUUUAACUUCCAGGUCUUCCCAGUCUUCUAACAAACUGAAUACAUUGCCUAAAGUGAACUUGGCUUCACCACGUUCCUCUGGUUCUUCUUCUGGAUCUUCUCAGCUUCAUCCCAGUCACUCUGCUUCUCCAACACAUUCUUCAUCCUCAGUGUCCUCCAAUCAACGAACACAAAACUCAAGGUUAUCCAACCCUUCUCAACGACAGCAGCUUAGGCUUCCUAACAGGCAAGGUAAUGCAUUGGUGAUGCUUGUAUUAAUGCUUGUUAACUGGGUGUUCCUCCCAUCCUAAUCCUUUUAUGGAGAAAAUGUGUUAUUAUAAGAUGCUCCCAAACGUUAUGCUUUGAGAUCCCAUCAGUGGAUAUGGUUUUGUUCUGAAACUGUCUAUCCGUUCACCUACUUUGCUAAGGGGCUAUUUAAUUCCUUGCCUCAUUUUGGCCCAUCCCCAAAUCUCAUUGUUCCCAGCUGGCCAUUUCUCUCAUAAUGUCUCACUAGUGUGUCCUAAUUCACUAUUUCUGCAGAAGAUUAUUCAAUUCAAACCUAAUGUUAGGUAGACCUGACCACUAGUGGGUGAGUAUUCAGAGACUUUCAUAGUUUUUUUCAGGGUAUGUCCUGAUAGGUCAACUGAAUUUUAUUCCUUAAAUUGAUUUAUUAUUAGUCACACAAAUCCUGUAUAUCUAGCUAGUAUGUAGAAUUUUGAUGAAAAACAGACAAAAAACAUCUGCAGGUGAAAUCUACUAUGACAUAAGAAUAUCCCAUGCCUAAAUAUAAUGUGUAAAGAAGCCCAUAGUAAAAUCGUAGUGGUCCCUAAUGUCAGACCAUAAAAAUCACAAAUCUGUACCAGUGUGUUGGACAUAUAUCCAGUUUAUUCCCGCUGAAUAUAAUUGGGCUUGUAUAGUUUAAUCAGUGUAUGUAUGCUAACUGUUAGAAUCACUGCAAGUUGCUUUUUAAACCUGCAUCCCAAUAGAAUACCUGCAUUAUUUCAUAAAUGAAUAUAUUGUACAAGUAUGUAUAUAAAAUACAUUUAUAUGUUAACAUAUGUUUUAUUAAACAGCUUUGGGGUUUUAUAGUUUUAUAGUUUUUUAUAGUUUUAUAGCAUACCAAUUUUAUUAAAUAAAUAUAUAUUGUGUUAUUAUAAAUAUUUGGAACUAUAAUUUUACUGAAUGGACAGAGUAUAGACAAAGUAAUGGAUAAUGCAUGCUUUGUGUUGCAUAUAUUUCAGGAAAUGGUGGCAGGCCCAAUCUAACCACAAAACCAGAUCAAAAUAAUAAAGUAGUCCCUGGUACAAAUGGAAAGCGAAAUGGACAGAAAAUAAUAAAUGGUCCACAAGGAAUAAAGUGGGUAGGGUGACCUUAUUUGAAAAUCCAAAAUACUUUUAAGAUUUAAGGUUAUAUUAUUUCAUGUUGGAGAGCCUUUCAAUCUACACAUUGCUUUUAGAUUGUAGAUCUUGACCGAGGGCUGGUGCUGAAUGUUGAAGGAAGGUACCUCCAAGAUUCCCAGGGGAAACCUCUCAGAGUGAAAUUAGGAGGAGAUGGCCGGACUAUUGUUGGUAAGCAGCAAUAUGAACAUGGGGCGGAAUGUGGGUUAUUCAGAGUAUGGGUUCUUGUAACACAGGAGGGGAGACCUGUGGCUCUGCAGGUGUCACUGGACUUCAAACCCCCUCAUUAUCCAUGACCAUUGACUAUGCUGGCCAGGACUGCUGGGAGCUCAACAACAUUUGAAAGGCUGCAUCUUCCCCAUCCCUGUUCUAUUGAGUUACUUGAUACUUUUUUCUAUCUGAUGAGCUGAAGAGAGCCCAUUGGCAUAGCAAUCUAUACAAUACAAAACUAUGAAAAGGAUGGGAGAUUGUGUUUGUGUGUUUGGUAUUCUCUAGAUACCAAUGCAGCAUGCCAAUGAAUAUCAUUUGCUGGGAGCUGCAGGUGAGGAGAGUGCAUUCAGGUCAUGCUUAUGGGCUUCCCAUGAGAAUAUGGUUUGCCCAUGUGAGAACAAGAUGUUGGACUAAAUGGCCUUUGGCCUGAUUCAGCGUGUCUCUUCUUAAGUUACAGGGCAGCCCCUACAUGUAGCUAGCUUUGUUGCAACAGAAGUAUGUACCUAUUCUUCCUAACAAUCCCUCUGCUCCCGCCCCAGUAGUCCCUCAAAGGCCACGAAGCAAAACUUCAUGGUAUUAACUGUAUCUGAGGUAAAUUUUUGUCUUCUUUUGUUCUUUUAGAUUCCAAAGGAGCUCCUGUAGUAAGCCCAGAUGGUUUGCCGUUGUUUGGGCAUGGGAGAUUUAGCAAACCUGUAGCAAAUGCACAAGAUAAACCAAUCAUCAGCCUUGGAGGGAAGCCCCUGAUAGGCCUUGAAAUGGUUAAAAAAACAACCACUCCUUCCACCACAACAACAACCGUGAGGACAACUACUGCAACUACUACUACCACUCCUGAACCAACCACUCCUGAACCAACGACUACUGAGCCACCAACUGAGAAACCACAGCCUACCUGCCCGCCUGGGACUUACGCAGAAUAUGAUGAAGAGGGGAAUAUUGUGUUAGGAUUUGACGGUCUGCCUGAAUGCAAUUCCGAAGGUACUGACUUUUAUGCUAGUUUAUGUGUAUAUGUAUGUGGCAUUUCUAUUUAAAUAGUUCCAGUCGCAGUGCAGACAGGUAAGAUUUGGGUGACAGGUACCUUAUAUGAACACUGGCCAUGGAUGAAGCAACAAACCAAGAUGUGCCCCCUCCCAUUUCCUACCAUUUUCUGUUGUGAUGAAUCAUCAUGUUGCUUGAGUUAGCAGAGAUGGAAGAAUAUUGCAUACCAUCCUUUAAAACCAGGAGGAGAAGCACAUCCUGGUCUUUAGUUGUGUAAAACUAAAUCUCCUCCCUAAUGAGUAUUGGGUGGGUAUGCCAAAAUAGCACACAAACCUGCCGGCUGCUUUGUUGAUAAGACAUUAGGGUCAUGGUUCCCAACGUGGGGCACACGCUCCACAGGGGGGCAAUUUGAUUUUUAAGGGGGCAAUUUGAGAAUGAGUUUUUAACAGUGAAUGGCCUUUGAGGCUUCCUCCAUGUGAACAGGAGUUCACUUUUUGAAUAAUAAGACUUAUAUGUCAUGGGCAUCAGGAUUUUAGAGGUGCGUAGGUGGGGCCUGGCCAAGAAAAAAGGUUGGGGACCACUGCAUUAGGGUGAAGACUUGACCUCAAUGAUGCGUUUAUCAUAUAGAACAGGGAAGGGGAGCCUAUGGUUGCAAGCUGUUCUUGGACUACAGCUCCCAUUAUCCCUGACCAAUGCUGGUUGAAGCAGAUGGUUGUUGAAGUCCAACAACAUCUGGAGGGCCACAGAUUCCCCAGGCCUGAUAUCAAGGUCAGCAUCCUCUGCUUUAUAUCAUAUCCUUGCCACUGCCAUCAUGGAGCCCACCAUUUACGAUGUGGUAAAUGCAUGCCACUACUUGCCAAAUGGUAAGAAGUUUGGUGAAUCCCAUUUCUUGCUGAGGGGAGUGGGGAGAAGUGUGGUAAGAUUUGGGAAGUCUGUACAGAUGACUGAUUUACCAAGUGGUCACUUGAUCAUUUUUAGUGUUGCUAAUCUAGUUUUGACUGUUUUUGUACUAUGCACUAAAAUUUUAUUUUUGCACGUCACUUUGAGACUUCAAGGGAAAUGACCAAUGAAUCAAAUCAACGAUUGUAAAGAUGCACUAUGGUAGGUUAACCACUCCAUAAAUAUCAAGGCAGUCAGGACACUGAAUGUGUAUUAUCUUGUCACCAUCCGUAUUAUACCCAUUCGAAUUUCAAUGCCUUCACCAUGGAACACCACAUCAUGAAAUGGCUUCCUGCAUUUAGCCAGAUAAUAAAAUACUCUUAAGGAAUUACUUAGAAAAAUGGCCACUAAAUGGAUUUAAUAUCAAGGAACAAGAGCGGGAUGAGGAUGGAGCACUUGGGGUAACAAAGAAGGGGUUACAAGAAAAUAACUGACCAUGAACCUGAAAGAGGAAGCAGAAUCUCAGCAAGAAAAACAAGAAGGAAAUUCUCUUCAAAUUUGUACUAGGUGAGUAAUCUCUGCCUGAGGGUGUUUUAAAAAUAAAUAGAUCUGAAUGAAAUUAUUAUUGUUCGCUUGCACUAUUGGCCGGGCUCUCUGGAGGAGAGAUGAGGGAGCCAGCUGUGAACCACCUAAGCCUGGUGAGAAGAUCCAGCCCCCUGCCCCUUGGUGUGCAAGAAAAAUAUUUAUUAAUUUUCUACCUUUCCUCCCAAACGAGCCCAGGUACUUUGUUUUGUUCUUUUGCCUGUUAGGGGCUAUCUGCACUAUACAUUUUAAGCAGUACCAUACCACUUUAAACAGUAAUGGCUUCCCCCCUCAAAGAAUUGUGGGAACUGUAGUUCCUUAAGGAUGCUGAGAGUUGUUAGGAGAUCCCCUAUUCUGCUCAGAGGGCUACAAUUCCCACAGUGGUUUAACAAGCAAUUCCUCUUCUCCAGGAACUAAAUAACAGCCAACUGCCUGGCACCAAGGGAUACCUUUAGUAUUUCAAAUGUAAUGCUUUGCAUGAGCCCUUGUACAUAUUGUAUCUGAACCAAACCAAGUUAUAGUAAAUACCUUUGUGAUUUUCUCUGCACAUUGCAAUAUUAUAAAAUUGAAUUGUUGAUUUUGUCUUAUUUUAGUUUGUUGGAAUUGGAUUUUUUUUACAUGUUAUGUAUUCUGAUGUAUAUUGGUGUGUGUUGAGAGCUGCUUUUGGCACUGUGGAAAGAUGGCAUAUAAAUAAAUUAAAACUGAAACUUAAACAAAAUUUAAAUCAGUAGCUGCCGCCACUGCCUUUGUAGCUGGAGUCAGUCAGAGCCCCAUUUUCUCAGGCCAGGUGGGAAUGAGCAAGACAGAAAACAGGGACCAGGUCAUACAGGACUUGCAGCUAAAUGUUAUCCAAGUCUAUGUCAUUUUUUUUCCUCUCUUGUUUGCAUCCAUGAUCUCAAGCCCCAUGGGAACUGUGAGGCAUAUAUGGAGCUCCAAUAUCAGUGAGGGGCUUUCCACAUAUAUUGCAUUGUUAGAGUCUGCUCUGUGGAACACAAUGUUUGUGCAAGUGCACAUAUGUGAUCAGAGCUGCUCCUCAAACCAAAAUUAAUGAAUAAGCAUGCAAAGACUUCUUGCUUUGGAUACGUACGUGCUUAGGGUGAUAUCUGCCUAAGUAAUAUUUUGGAAUUUGAUUUCUCUCUCUGUGUGUGUAUUCUUUUCAGCUACCACUUCUCCAGCUGGCCUGGCCCUAGCAUUGCUAACCACACAAUAUCAUUUAUGGAGUAAAGCAAAACUAUUGAGGGACUGAUGCUCUGCAAAAUAAACAGCUGUCCUUGUUGAGAUGUCCAAGAUUUCAAGGGCUCUUCUUCCUGUAAUUCAGAUGGAAGUGUGGAAAAACAGAAUGCUGCCUGAGCUAUUUUGCUUCUUACACACUGAAACACCUGAGCAGUGUAGCAAUGCACCAGGAGUGUAUGAACAUUUCCAUGAAGGAUAAAUGUACGAGCUCUGCUGAAUUUAGGCUGGCUGGUUGACAGAAACAAUAAUGGAGAGAGCGUUGCAAAAAAAGACCACUACUCAAGAACCACAUCUGAGGAUGGAUGCAGUCUUACAUUACAAAUAUUGCUACCAAAUGCAGUAAAAAUUAGCCUGCUAAGAAAGUUCCAGAAUGUUCUCUCAAGAUGGAAAAACAAAGCAGCAUACUCAAUAGAAUACACUGUCAUUUCUCAGGAAUCCGAUAUAUUGACAUGUUUCCAAACAGGCUAAGAAAAUGUGGUGUGAAAAAUGCUGCUGUGGGUUCUACUAACCCUUUGGUCCAAUUUCCUGCUCAGGAUUUAGAAAGAUGACUUUACCAGAUAUGAUUCUGUUUUAUAGUCAGAGAAUACACGAGGAGCCCAAGCUUAUGUGGCACUGAAACUCCAGGCAGCUCAACUUCUUUGAGGAACUUUAGUCAACAAAGCCAUUAAAAGCCACUUUUAUAACUGCUGCUAUCACAUUACUGGAAAAUAUAGGCCUAUAAACUUGAAGAACAGUAAUAAGCAUGAAAGUAUUAAAGGACCAGUCUUUUCAUAUUUCCUGCAUAUCUGAGUUUCAGUAAUUUGCUGGCUGUGUUAAUUUUUCUUUUUUCUUUUAAAGAUGCUUGGUAAAGCUAGUGUUUUUCUCAAUUAGCUUUGUUCAGUGCAUUCAGAAUUCACUGGACUGAUGCCCAAUAGACUUUCUGUAAGCUUGUUGUGUGUGUGGGGGGGGGGGGGAGGUAAGUGAGUGGCUGGAUGUACCGUCAGGGGACAAGCUUCAAGUGAAAAUGAUGUGGUUAAUAUGCUCGUAAGCAGAAAUGCUGGCAACACUUUUGUAGAAGAAUGAACCAUUUUUCUGUUACUCCCUGCUCCCCAGGGUUUGCUUUGACAUGGAAACAACAGUUACAUUAAUUAAACUGCUUUUGAAAUAUAUAAAAUGUAAGGGCAGAACCAGGAAAUAAAAUACUGGUUAUGCUUCAGAAACAAUGCUAUUGCUCAGAUAUCGUUUACAUCUGCUUGGUUGCUACUGAAAAUUGAACUUGAUCAGCCAGGCAUUAACCAUUUGCUUUACCAUGAAUCGGAUUAAUAUUAACAUUUUUUAAGCAGUGGAUUAGAGUCUGUUUUAUGAAGAGUUGCCAUAAAUAGGCUUUUUAAAAAAGUGAAAUAUUUGGGAAUCUGGUUGACAUCAAAAAAUAUUAACUUGUUUAAGGAUAACUAUAAAAUGUAUUAUGAUAGCACUGGAUAGAAAAAUAUAUGGCAAAUAUUACUAGGCUGUUAUAGUCAUAUGUUUAAAUCUAAUUGUUUGCACAGUUGCGCUUCUUACAGAAUAGUAUCUGUAAUUAAUGUUUUAAAGGAAGGCAUCCAUUUAACAAUAAUCUAUAUGUAAAAGCCCCAGUGCCCAACAUUCUGUCACUUUCUAACAUAACCAAGGGACAGAAUAUACUAGAAUAGAACUAUGCAGAUAAGAGCAAGUUGCUCAUGAGCAUAGCAUCUUUACUAGCUCCCAUACAAGUGAUUAUCUGUCAUCCAUUUGUACAGGAAAAAUAAAGCUUUGCACUGGGUGCACUGUUGUUAGGAAAUCUCUGGGGCAAAGGGGGACCUGCUUCAUCCUUCCGAUGUCUUCUUCUUUCCAUAGAUACAUUCUCAGGGCUUGAUGCAGAUGUGGCGGGAACUACAGAGUCAUAUGUGAUAUACGAUGGAGGUAAAAGUCCUUUUCUGAAGUGCUUUGAAUCCCUUUCCUUUCUGCACUGUGAUCUGAUAGCAUAGAGCCAACACUCAGGUCUAAAUACAUCUGAACAAGAAAAUGUAGCUUGCUGUUCUGUUUUUAGUACUAUCAGGCUCUCAGAACAACAACCACCUAUUAUUAUUAUUAUUAUUAUUAUUAUUAUACCACCGGCCUUCAUCAGUAGAUCUCACAACAUAAAAAUAAAAGAUAAAAAACACAAAAUACGUAAUAAAAAAGAAUAAAAACAAACCAAAAAUUCCCACUCCCACAACACAUUUUAAAGUGUAUUGGAUGGAUGUCAAUCAGCCAAAGGCCUGGUUGAAGAGAGGAAUGUUUUGCCCAGCGCCUAAAGGUGUAUAAUGAAGGCAUCAGCCAAACCUCCCUGGGGAAAGCAUCCAACAAAUGGGGAGCCACUGCAGAAAAGGCUUGUUUUCAUGUUGCCACUCUCCAGACCUCUCGUGGAGGAGGCACAUGAUGAAGGUCCUCAGAAGAUGAUCUCAGGGUCCAGGUAGGUUCAUAUGGAGAAAGGUGGUCCUAGAGGUACUGGGGUCCUGAGCCAUUUAAGGUUUUAUAGGUCAAAACCAGCCCUUUGAAUUGGUCUCAGAAACUAAUUGGCAGCCAGUGCAAUUGGGCCAGGAUUGGAGGAAUAUGUUCAAAUUGUCUUGCCUCGGUGAGCACCAUCAGAAGUGAUGGUGGCAGGUCCACUUGUGUAAUGAGGAGCUUUUAUUUAAAAACAAACAAACCUGAAAUUGAUUGAUGGAUUUCAUGUUGAAACAAGGAUCUGCUCUGAUGUAGAAAGGACUGGGCUUAUUCCAACAGCCAAAGGAAUGCAUGACUGAGGGUUACUGAAGUCUAUCUCCAUCCACUGCUUUACUCUUCUGUAACCUUGUGUACAAGUGCUUUUCUUUCGACCCAGCUCACUUCAUAUAUUAGAGCUUGGCCAAAGAGGAAAGGGAGGCAGGGAGACAGACUGCAAGAAAGUAAGUCUUAGGCUUGGGGGUAGCAGGUGGGUAGUUUAGUUAGCUAGCUAAUUCAUUGAAUUUCUGAAUUGCUACCCACAACAGACAGUCCUGAAGCAAUUUACAAGAAUUGCUGUCUACAUUUGACCUACGUCUUCUUUCUGCAUAAGGGGGAAAGAUCCAGGUUGUUGUUUUUUUAAAUAAAAAACCUGAUCUUAUGAUUUAUCUGUUUCUCAGUUUAGUCUUAUUUACCAAAUCCUAGUUCUUUCAGAGUUUUUGUAGCAGGUAUUCAGUUAAAUAUUGCCAAAUAGAGGGCAUGCAUCACCCAAAGGAAGUGUGAAAAAGACACACAUUUGCGUAAAGUGUGCAUUUACUAAUAUAGAAGUACUAUAAUAUGAAUAAAAGUACAGUACAUCUCACCACAAGACUAUGGCCACGUGUACUUGCUCAGUGUGUUGUCCACAUGCUAAAUGUGGAUGGGCAAUUUCAAGGCUCCUUCUUUGCUCCCUUCGACUGAGCAGGCCUCAUGCAGAAGAUGCCUUCAAAUAGAGGACUGCCCUCUGUAAAGUAGGGUACAUGGUCACCCUGUUUCAGAAUAGUAUCCUUGGGCAUGACCCAAUUUUAUUUAUUUCAUUGCAACAUAUGUACACUGUCUUCCUCCCCACAAACAACAUUUGAAGUAACUAACAACAAGUGCUUAAGACGAGCCAUUCAAACAAGCACAAAGGAAAAAGUGGAUUAAGAGAUGCAAAACAAAGCAGCAGGAAAGUAAUGUUGCCAAUAAAGCAAGUCACCACAAAUUAAAACAGUCCCAGCUGCCCAGCUGCCAAACCUAAGCAGACACAACUUGGGCAGAACGAGAAAGGAAAUGCCAAAAGCCCAGGUACACAGGACAGCCUUUGUUUGGCAUCUAAAGGAAAAUAGAGAGAGGACCAGGGUAGGGAGGCAGCAGAAACUUGAUUCAGUUCACAUUUGCGGACCCAGUUGCAGUGCCAUCCACUCCUCGCUGAUAACUAGAUAACUAGACUCAGGCAAACACUGCGCUGCAGAAGCCAUGCACGGCUAACCUUUUAUGUGUUGCUAUCUGGCUUGGCGUGGCAGUGGGCAGUAGCUGGCUGGCCAGCAAGGAAUUCCCUCACAACCUGGGUCCUGAUUGGCCCAUUUGAACCUGGCUUACUGUGCAGGAAGUUACGCCCCCAUAACUGUGCAGGCAGUGGAGGGAAAUCUCCACCAGCCAGUGACCAUGUGCCUUCCAGCUGCUGGGAAAGAGGUGGAGAGCGAGGGUCUGCAACCGACACCCGGCAGGAAAGCGGUGAGCGCCUGUUACAGGAGAACUUACCUGAUUUGCACUUUCAGAAACGAUAUGCGAACUGAAACACAGUUGGCUCUUCUCCAAAUUUUGCAGCGCAGUUCUCCAGCCAAGUAUGCAUAAAAGUCCACAUAUUAGUGUAGAAAAGAUUAACAUGCAUUAUAUUAGGGGAAAUGCUUUGCAAAAAUGAUCACAUAAUACAAACAUGUAUGUUGGGAAAAAUUCACUGAGGAAUUUUCAUAAGGAUGUUCCUUUGAUGCCCCUCAUCCUCUUUCUUAUGUAGAUUAUGAGCUUUUUGAAACCACUUUGGCGCCCACAACCACCACAACCACUGCCGCGACCACCACCACCACAGAAGCAUUGCCCGAGUUCAGUGUGGUGGGCUCGGAUCCUCUGUUAGAAUAUGACGCUGCUGGAAAGAGGCGUUUCACUGGUAAGCAAUCAGUAAGAUUCAAAGACUCACGUGUUAUCAUGUUACUACUGUAUCCUGUAUGUUGUCACUAAGCAAUGUGUUUUAGGAGGGAAGUGGCUAUGAGUUAUUUAUUGCUUAGGAUCUAGUAGCUAAAUUAUGGAAGCAGUCCCCCUUCUCAAAAGAUAAGCAAACCCUCAGUUAAAGAACCUUUGAGGGGGAAAAAACACAUUAUGUUCACAAGCAGACUGACACAUGGUAAAAGAUUUUGAUGACGAUUAACCUUUCUUUAUAAGGGUGUUGCUCUCACCCCUUGAUCAUUUGGUCAGUAUGCCAAAUUCUAACAGUACUUGGAAGAGAAAUCAGCUGAAGAAAUGCUGUCUUUAAGAAGAAGGAAACACAUAAUGCAGAAGAUCUAUUCUCGAAUGGUCCAAAUAGGGACACUUAAGUUAGAAAUAGUGAGUGUGUGCAUGUGUGCAUGUUCCCACAUUCUGAUAGGGAAAUAUUUUCCUAAAAUCAAUAUUCACGCCAGAUGCAAAUGCAGAAACUAUUGACUUAUAGGAAAAGAGAUGGUCUAUGCAGAAAGAAAGGUAUGAAUGAUUCUCAGUCCUACAUUUGCACUUCACCAGGCAAGUCAUUUUCCCUCUUUUGAAACUGAUUCAGCUUCAUCUGGACUUAAAUAGGUUUUAUUGCUACACUUCUGCUCCAAAGUCAACCUUCCUGGAAGGGAGAAGCUAGAAAGUAAUGAACUGAGUUUCAUAGGAUUUUCUUAACAGAAAGCAAACCAUACUCAUAAGAGAGGGGGGGGGGAAACAAACAUAGAGUCAGAGAUAUUAAGAUAUUAAGACACUCUGCGUCUUGGUGUAAUUGCAAACAUCUGAUACCCUGUUGUUUGAAAUAAUGUGUAUUUGUUUCAUUAAAGUUUGCUACAUAAUGUGAAAUGAAGCACUCCUUUGAAUUUUUAGUUUAGGCCUAUAGGGAAAAGCCUUUUUUAAGGUGGGGGAGGAGAGAGAAAUAUUAAGAUUUUGCAACAGUGGUUAGGACAAAUCUUAUCUCUGGGUUAAAAGUCCCAUUGUACAAAAAGGAAAGGGGAGCAGCACCAAAAGUAGCUGAAGAAACAAAGAAGGAAGUAAACAUUGGGGUGACAAUAAAAUUUCCCAACAGGGGUAACAGUUACAGAUUCCUCAGAGUUCUCAAUUGUGAGAAGGAAUUGCUUUAUUUUUAUUUCAUAAAAAUUGUAUACCACUUGAUUGUAAAAACAAAAAGAAGCAUUUUACACAAAGCUCAAUGUACUUUUUUUAUGGGCAGGUGCUUGCAAAGUAUGCACUUUGUCUCCUUUCCUCCUCACCCGCUUCGGAAAUAGCCAAUGGAGGCCUCUGUGUCCUUGAAGGCCCAACUGGGCAUUCUGCUUUGGGCUAUCAAUCUGUUUCUAUUGUAAAUUUUGCAAAUUCACAACUGAACUGAGCAGCAGCGAGGCUUGCUUCUGGUGUGCUGUUCACAGAAAUGGAAAUGUUCACAGAAAUGUUAUGGAUAGGCUUUGAAGUGUUGCUCCUCCUCAAACUGACGACAGACAUUCUGCAGCCCCUGAUUCUUCCCGACACUGGUGAUUGAUGAGGGCUCUGCAGGGACAAUGAUGUAAAAUGUCCACCCCAGAGUCCUUAGAUGUCACUUGGCAGAGUUAGUGACCUAAUUAGUAUUUAUAUAUAUAUAUAAAGUCAUAAAAUGGUUUUAUACCAAUCAAGACUUUGACUAGCUGUUCAGCUAAUCUCUUUUGAGCAGUUGACUGGCCUCCCUCUCCUCUCCUGGACAGGGUUUCUCAGUCAUUUGGGAAUAGAGAGCCCUUGGAGUGUCUAAAGAUAAAUACAUGACACAUUCUGGAAAAUAGCUCCCUGGAGGGCAUGAAAUCUAACAAGAUAAACUAAGAACAUUGCUCUUUUAUAAACAUUUCAAGGCAUUUAAGGGGAGAAAGAGGAAAAAAUUACCCAUCUAGCAAAAUCUGUAAACUGUCGCUGAAUAAACAUUUCCAGUGACUACAGUAAAACAUCUUUCAACUUGAAGAUGACCUUUGAGGGAAUAAAUGUGCCUAUUAAUUCCUGAGCAACGUUGGAGUGAGCAUCAUGUUGUUAUAAAAUAGAAAUACAAUUUAUCGAUUGUACGCCAAAUGUUCAUUCACACGUGUGUGGUUUUUUUUUUGGGGGGGAGACAUUAAUAGGCUUGGAGGGGGGCCAAUAUGGUUCUCCUCCAUACCAGUUUGUAUUCCUUUUCUCUCUUUCUUUCUUUUUAGUGUGGCUAAUGUCUGUUUGCUACCACUGUUUCCCCUGACUACUGCAUUUUCAGUGCCAUUUUAUGCCCUCCUUUCCUUGAAAUGAUCCCAACCAAUCAGUAAGUGCAGCGGUGUUACUGAAUGCAGACGAAGCUGAGGCAGAGCGAAGUCAGUGCACCAUACAGAGGUCACUUGGCUGAUCCAAAUGACACAGGAACAGGUUGCUUAUCCUCUAAGUUAGCAGGCCACUUUAGAAGGUGCAGAGUCUUACCCCCACUACUAUUCCCCAAACAGGGAUUAUGGCAUGAUCACGCUCAUUUCAUACAGCCUCUUGCUUCUAGGUUGGCAACUGCCAGGGGAGCAAAUAGAGUCCCUAAAGCAGCCAGAAUUAUCCCAGGGGCCACCAGUUGCUGAUCCUUCGUAUAAAGCAUUAGUGCAACAUCCCGCAUUGCUGCUGAGCAUCAGAAGCAAACCCUAAUAUGCACCAGUUCCUUGUUGCUCUCCGUCUAUUGCCAUCAGAAUGUGGCUUAGUCACAAUGAAUAUUUGCCAUGCUGGUGGUUUCCUCAGCACUAGGUUUAUGUGCCUUCUCAUACCGCUCUAGGAGCUUUCCAGAUGGCAUCACUCUGUAUCCUUGAAAAUUUUAGCAAAUGGUAGGAAAAUACACAAAUUCUAAAUCCAGGAAAUGAAUGUCUAAUUUACAGUGUUUAAAAAACAAAUGUAUACUUUAUCUGGUUUGCAGUUUCAAUACACUGGAAAAAAAUUCUUUUGAACGUCGGGAAUUCUUUUUUUAGUAAUCCAUCUGUCUGUACAAACUUUUGGAGUGAAUAUUCUCUUUCUCUGUCUCUUCCAGCUCCUUAUGUGACUUAUCUAAACAAAGACCCAGCAGCUCCUUGCUCUUUGACAGAGGCACUAGAACACUUCCAAGUGGAGAGCCUGGCCGAGCUCAUACCCAGUGACCUAAAAGGCAUAGAGAUGCGUCCUCAGAAUGCCCCUCACAAUAUCACCAUAGUAGCGGUGGAAGGCUGCCAUUCCUUUGUGAUUGUCGACUGGGCUAAGCCUACUCAGGGGGAUCUGGUCACAGGUACAGUUAUUCCAUUUCCUGGCCAUUAAUAUUGGACUGGGAACUGCUGGUUGUUUUGUCUUGCACUGCCUACCCAAGCAAAGUCAUUUUGCCCAGUGUAAAAGGAAGUAGUGGUAGAUGAGGCAACUCUGAUCACCACUUCUGGUUUUUGAUCAGGUGCAAGGUACAGGGAGCUCAGCACAGUGCGGGUUUGAAGAAGUAUUUGGAGUCAAACAUGUUUCUAGCUGUUAAUACUACAGUUGAAUAAAACAGCAACCAAUGCUCUGUUUCAGUUUUGGAUUUGCCUAGGGGCUGCAAAAAGAAAUUGCAGACUACAAAACCUUUCCAUAACACCAACGUUAUGUUAUUUGGUGUUUUAAAACUUGCUAACAUAUUAAUGACCGCAUGCCAAUGUCUCUGAAAAUAGAUUGAUCUAGUUUAAGAUUAGGUUAGUGGGUUGGUGAUUUCCAGCUUUGUGAAAGCUCAAGAAAAGACUACCAGGUGCAUUGGCUCAAAGCCAGCCGAAGAGAAAAUAACAUAUCACAAAUGCAAUGUGGAAUGUAAACAACUAAUCCCAAUGAAGUGAAUAAAGAGCGUAUUGUAAGCUGUGAAGAUUGCUGCUGGACAUGGACAGGUGGAGCACCUACAAGGUAAUUCUGAUAACCUGUGUGAAGGUGUGUCUGUUUGGGAGUUGCCAGUAGGCUUAGCUUUCUGCUUCAGUGCAGAAGUAGAAGAAGUGUCAAAGAGUGUACUGUUGAAAGAAGUUAGGAUGGGGUGUGAAUUUUCCUGUGCUGACAUCACUCCUCUCCUACAAAGAGUUGAAAGAAAGAAAGAAAGAAAGAAAGAAAGAAAGAAAGAAAGAAAGAGAAAGAAAAUGCCAGAAGUUAAAGGAGAGGCUAAAAUACGCCCUCUCCUUUCUUUUCACACCUUUUUCACCUCCCUGCCCCAAUUCUGUAACUGAAAGUUCUUUUCAAAUAAAAUUUUGGCUGAGUGAUAUUUUUCAAAUAGUUGAAAAAAGAAGGAAAGUCUUGAUCGGCCUUUCUUGGCUUCAGAGGAACUGUCUCCCCUAACAGGAUCUUUUUGCCCCUUGGGGAUGGAGACAAAGGGCAGGUAGGGGAGUAAAUAAGUGUUCAAAUGGAUGAUGGACAUAUUCUCCCCUUUCCUUGGCAGGAUAUUUAGUUUACAGUGCAUCUUACGACGACUUCAUCAGGAACAAGUGGUCAACUAAGACUGCAGGAAGCACUAAUUUGCCCAUUGAAAACCUGAAGCCGAAUACAAGGUACUGAUAUGUUUUCGGAAUGUAGUUUGAAAUUGUUUGUGGCCUAAUGAUAAAAUAGGUACGUACCGUACUUUUCUGUGUAUAAGACUAUGUUUUUUACUGUAAAAUAAUGUUAAAAAUAUGGGCUCGUCUUAUACACGGAUAGUAUCUUCCCCCCAUUUUCUUAAAUCGGAGUCCCCCAAAAUAGGAGGCUUGUUAUACAUGGGUGUGCCUUAUAGAUGGAAAAAUACGGUAUGUUAGUGUUAGGAAUGGAAAAUAAUUUCACGAAAAUAGAGUUCAGAAGUCACCAAGCCAUUGAAAAACCAUCCUUGUCACCCUCAAAUUUCACCUUGGCUUGUAUUGGCUCAGCACCAACUCUCUCAUCUGCCAGUUCCCCUCCUCCCCUUUCCUUUCAUAAUGUACCAAAUUGUUAGAGAUAUAUGCAUGUGGGGUGGAGGGGAAGCAGUCUAUGCUAAAGCUGAAGGCUGCUCACCAACCGUUGCAGAAUUUCUUCCAAUGAGAACUCUGGAAACAUAUUUUAAAUUCCUUCUAAUUCAUUUACCGGGAGGUGGGGUGGAUUCUAUGAUUUCCAGAGUUCCUGUUGAGUGUGGAGGGUCCAAGCAUGCUCAAAAACCUUCAUUGCUGAGAGCAGAAAAGUUAUGGAGGGCCUCUCGGCUGCUCUUUUUCCAUACUUUCCCAGUCUUACAGGUUGGGUAGGAGGAAGAAAGAAAACUGGCAGAUGAGAGGCCUACUAAUGCUACAAAGCUGGAGAGGCUUUCAGCUGCCUUGCUGUCAAUUGUGUGUGUGUGUGUGUGUGUGUGUGUGUGUGUGUGGCUUUUUCUAGCCACCAUAACCAAUUUCUCCAUAUGCAUUUCCCUAGAUGCUAAGAUCAUCAGAGGCAGUCCUGCUUUGGCAGUCCUGUUGUCAUUUGCGAAGAAGGACCUUGCCUAUUGUAAAACCUAUCUUACAGUAUGCCUUUCCUUGAGAGGUCCAUUUUUUUGAAUCCUUUAGGUGGUUAAAAUGAUUUUUAAAAACCUUUGAAGUAUCUGGUGGCUGCUACUGAGUUUAAUUGGUAACUCAACUACCCAAAUCAUUUGUUUUUUUUAAUCAAUCUCGGUAUAGCUGGGGCAGAAGUAUUGUGUUCAGUCUUGAAAUUGUAUUGGAAUUGUCCUCCUUUUGGCACUUCUGAAUUAUAGCAAUAACACACCCAUACUGGGAGGAGAUACAAGCAAAGAUCUUGGCAGAGCAACUCCCACUUCAUUAAUCUGUUCAAACAAAAGCAGUGACACCCAAUAUAGGGAAAUGGGGCUUUAUAUGAUAGUCCACUGGGUUUAUUAAAGUCUCCAUUAAAGUGAGUGUAUCAUCACUUCAGUCAGAGAUUACUGAUGUCAAGCUGUUCCUUACGAACCAAGUGGCUUUUAAUAGAGAAGCAUGGGUAUAGGAAUACAUAGGGGUGGGAUGAUUAUUUUUCUUUGGCACAGAAACAUGUGCACCACCAGCCAAUAUCAUUUGUGUUUUCUCUGAACCCCACAGGCUGAAAUAAAUACAUAUCACAAAAAUAGCUCCUCAACCACUGGCAAUAUUUCUGUAAUUGGGCAAACACGAACUGGAAGAUGGAGCUUGACUAAAACCAUGUGUUCAUGAUUAUGUCCAUAUUGUGAGGGGACUCUGAUUUGGGGAAAGCAAGUUACCAAGGCUGGUUGUAGCUCUGAAUAACAAGCAUUUAGGAUUGGGCAUAUGCAUACCUCUCCAAAGUGGAUUUCCAAGCUAUCGUUUAGGUGAAAGUAAAGCUAAGAAAACUAGGAUAGAUAUAUUUCAAUGCAUUCAAAUGCUGAUGAUUUAGUGAAAUAUAUGCUAAAAGGAAUACAACAACAACAAUAGGUAGAUACAUGGAUUUCCAUUGCUUUAAUGUAAGAUUUAAAUGCUUAUUAUUGUCCUGCAUUUGUAAAUCCUAAUCUGUUUCCAAGACCUUAUACGUAUCUGAGGAACUGAACAAUUCUGCAAGUCUUGCAAAGCCAUUUGCACAGGACUCUGCAGGUGCCUGCACAUCGCUUUUGGCUGAGCCAUAUAUUUACCUGCUCCACACCUGGGAACAUAUAUCACAUCAUGGGGAGAUGUAGGGGGCAUAGUUAGGCUCUUGGGCUGGAGGUUCCUCACCUCUGAAACAUAGGCGUGAUCCUGUAUUGUGAGCAAGACAACUACAUCAUUCAGUCUUCCAGUUGAUGAUAGGGAAGGGAUGAGCACUUACUUGGAAUUUAACAGGGUAACUGUCAUAUUGGCAGCUGUUUCUGUAACAGCAUCCGGGCUAUGGAGCACCUUCCCCAUAUAUAUUUACUGGGUUACCAAAUUUAAUAUAUUUUAGGCACCAAGUGAAAGCUGUUUUAUUUAGUUGAGCUUUGGGUGGGACUUAACUGUGGAUAGUUCUUUAAUUAUGCCAUUUAUUCUGGUGGUUUCUGUUUGAGGUGGGUUUUGAUUAUUUUCUGUUUCAUAUUUGUAUUUGGUUUGAAAUCUUGGGAAUGUUAUGUCUGAGUGGAAUAUCAGUUGAACUCUUAUAUUAAGCUCACCAGGGAAUGAACUUAAUGGAAGUGAACCUCUGAGUAGACAUGUAUAGGAUUAUGCUGUUAGAUCUUUUUUACCUAAGCUACCUUGACUACCAUUUGAUAGCAAGGUGAGAUAGAAGCAAAGAAUCAUAAAGUUGGAAGGGACCCAAGGGUCAUCUAGUCCAACCCCCGGCAAUGCAGAAAUCUUUUUUUAAGAAAAGAAAUCAAGGCCAUAUAUCCAACUAUAUAAAUCAGCAUGAUUUCACAGUGGUACCUUGGGUUACAUACGCUUCAGAUUAAAGACGCUUCAGCUUACAGACUCUGCUAACCCAGAAAUAUUGCCUCGGGAUAAGAACUUUGCUUCAGGAUGAGAACAGAAAUCAUGCAGUGACAGCACAGUGGCAGCAAGAGGCCCCAUUAGCUAAAGUGGUGCUUCAGUAUAAGAACAGUUUCAGGUUAAGAACAGACCUCCGGAACGAAUUCAGUUGUUAACCCGAGGUACCACUGUAGUAUGUUUAGUACCUGAUUCAACUCUCACCAACUAAAAUUAAGGGCUCCUUUUGUGUCCAGUUCCUAGUUUCUCUCUGGUGCUAUGAAAUCACUUUUUAAAAUGUGUUUUUAGAAACAGUAAUUAAGCUGAGUGAUGUUUUUAACAUCUUGACUCUGGAGGGAGCCAUGGUAGAACAUUGCUGUUUGGAAUAAAUUCAAACAGUUGCAGUUAAAUUAAGCACUUGUUUUACACAGUUGUGUGGUAAUGUAUUUUCAUAGGAGAAUUAAUUAUAUUACCCCUUGCGUGUUCACAUUCAAACACAACAUUGCCUUGCCUUUCCAACAUUCUGGUCAAUGACAGAAAGCUUCGAAGGGAAGAUUUGUGAUGGUGUCUUCUCUGACUUUCCCGGAAAAUAAUUCGUUUCCAGUUGUUGGAAUUGGAAAGUGUAUACAAAUAGAAUGCGAUUUGCCAAAUAUGACUGUAAAUCAUUCAGCGUUUCAUUGGCUGCUUAAAUUAACCCACAGCUCUAAGCCACAAUAUCUACAUUGAUUCUGGUGGUUUUUUUGUCCAGCCUCUGUCUGCAUCAGAAGAGCCCUUGGGGCGCAAGCAAAUCAGGAUGAAUUCCCAUUGUCCUAUAAGGACCCCUGGGGUAAAAUAGUGCACAUGUCUAUCGUCACACAUGAAAAUGUGCAGAACUUUUGAUUACAGGAGUGUAUGAAAUGGUGUCUGUGUGAAAUGGUUGUCAGGGUGGAACUGGAUGCUAUGAGACCUGCCACCACUCUGUGUGUCCCUCCCUUCCAUCUAAAUUACUUAAAACAUUAGCAGAAGGUGCCUUGAGUUGUCAGCACAUUGUGCAGUGCUUGUUCUCCAACAGCCAAUGAAGCAGAGUGGAGCAGCUUGCGGGGCAAUGAUGUUACCUGCGUCACGCAUUGCAUCAAGCUUGGUGAUAAAAGGGAAAGAGGUACAGCAGUAGCAGUCAGCUCUGUGUCUCUUGUGACAUCUAGUUCCUCCUUCAAGCAAAGAUUUUAAAGCAGCAAUAUAAAUAAGUGCAUGGCUGAGUGCCUAGAAAGCAGCAUGGGAUUGCUAUUUGUUUGCCAUUUCAAAAAAAGAAAGAAAGUCCAUUGGCAGUUCAGACUCCUGUUUUGUUGUGGGCAAGUCAUAGGACUUGGAUGUUAAGAGCUCCUGGCAAGCCUGAAGACUUCUAGCGUACGAGCCACUUGGAGCUCUCUUCUAGGAUUUAAGCGGACCCAAGUGUUUGCAUAAUUACACCACUUAAUUUUGUGCUCUCAUGCAUGGAAAUUAAGCAGCUGUGCAGCUGCCAAGCGGCUUUCUCAUCAACUCAGUCUCUGGUCUCACAAAGCUCUGUGGCCCAUCUUCACAUCCACAAGGAAGUAUUUGUGGCCCAUAGUGAUUCCCAUUGGGCAUGGCUAAACUGCUCAGUCAAAUAAACCUGAGUUGGCUUUUUUGUAAAUUAAAUUUGGGGGCACUCUUUUCUCCCCUUAAAAAAUAUUGUGUCCAUUCUUAGGAAUGUAGGAAGCUGCUUGGUAUUGUCCUCACUGACCAGCAGCUCUCCAGGGUUUCAAAUUUUCCUUAUCCCCACCUGGAACUCCCAAGGAUUGACUUUCCGCAUGCAAGGCAGACACUUUGCCUCUGAGUUAUCAUAUCAGAAUCAACUGAAAUAUACUCGGAGUUGAGAGUGGAUUUCAUGCUCUUUAUUCAGCUCAUAGUGGUGAGGAGGAAUGAAAGUUUCCCCAAAAUAUCUGCUUUAUAUACAUUAUUUACACAAUGGGCUGCACGUGAUUGGCUAAUUCCGGGAUUCUCCUGUAGGCCAAUCAGGUUGUGGAUUCACUUCCACCUGGAGCUGGAUUGGGUGGCUCCUGUGGACCAAUCAUACUGCUGCGUUGUUCUAGGACCAAUCAGACUGCUGCAUUUUGGAUCCUAUUCUACUCAGUACAUAACAUCAACCAUCUUGGCUCUGUCUUGUACCAGAGCCUGAGGUUCUUGCAGUAAAUAUGUCAUAAUUUAGACCAGGAGCAGGCAACCUGUGGCCUUCCAGAUGUGGCUGAGCUCCCAUCAACUUUAGCUGUUGGCCAUGCUUUCUGGAGCUGAUAGGAAGUGUGGCUUUGCAGCAACUGGGUGGCGACAUCAUCCCCACCCCUGGCAUAGACAUUCAUCAUGGUGGACAAUCAUUCGGCAAAAGCUGCUGCUAGAGAGAGUCUGUCUGCGGUGGUGCUGGGUGGACAGGUAGUCGCACCUGCUCCUUCCACUCUGAGCAAAAAGUAUCCUCCUAGGUCACUUCAACAGCUCUUGCUCCUUGGUAGCUUUUGAAUUCAAAGUGCACAGAGCCGUAUCGCCAUCCCUCAUCACUUCCCCAGAUUUGGGGAGCAUGAAAGUUGGCGCUGGAGGCCUUGGACAACUUUUCCUCUCUUGCCAUAUACUACUUCAAAGGGAUAUGGUGGAGAUAACAUGAGAUAAUCCCCUAUAUAACACUCUGAGUUCCUUGGGGGCAAAGCAGCCUACGAAUCUGAUAGACAGAGAAAUGAAUUGUGGUGGCUCCCAUCCCGACAUUAAGGGGAUAUAGUUGGUUGCUUUGAAUCCUAGCUUGCACUCCUUGAGCUGCGGAAAGCCCGUUCAGCCGCAGAAAAGAAUGAGGGCCUAUGUUUAAACCGCUGGUGAAUGUUUCCACAUUGCAAUGGACUGUGUCAGGGAAACAAAGGGGAAGAAAAGAAAACAUAGCUCUCCUCCGUUCCAAGCUUUUAUGUGGUUUUCGUCUGCCACAGCUAGGAUUACAUGGAGAAGAAAGUUAUGAGGGGGUUGUUUUUAUUUUCCCUGCAGGCAUCACACGGCCCUUAAUUACAUUCAGAUCAGUUUGCAGACAAGUGGAAAAAAUAAUUAAACGUUGGUCAUGAGAAAAGGAGAUAGAAAGACUCGUGGCAUAAAGAUCUAUAACUCUGUUGAUGUUCACUGUGUGCCAGAUAGGGACAGGGGAAUAAUUCAGAUGACACCAUCUACUGAAAAACAAACAAACAAACAAACAAACAAACAAACAAACAAACCAACCUUUAAGCAAUCCCUUCUUCUUUGUGAGAACAUAAGAAGAAUCCUGCUUGAUCAGUACAAAACUGUCAUCCUGUUCUUGCAGUGGCCACCCAGAUGCCUAUGGAAAGUUAGCAAGCAGGACAUGGGUGCAAGAGCACUCUCCCACUCUUGAACCCUAGCGACAGAUAUUCAAAGCCAUGCUGCUUCUGACACUGGAAAUCCUAUCUCUCCUUGAUUAGUAGCCAAUGGUAGCCUUGUCCUCUAUGAAUUUCAAGCCUUGGUGGACCCAACUGAAUACAUGCCGCCAUUGUGGGAAAUGCCCAUUUCUUCCUACUCUUGGCUUCCAGUUCUUUAACUAGUCACCAGUCAAUAAGAUUUCUCCUCUUCUCCGGUAACCGUUAGUUUUGCUCAUGAGGGAGUCUAUCAAAAGCUUUUUUAAAGUCCAAGUAAACAGUGUCUACACGCACACCCAAACCACAUGCCUGAUGACACUUUUUGAAUUGUUGUUGUUGCUGUGAGUGAAACUAGAUUCUAGUACAUUGGCUUCAACUUGACUUCAUCUGAAGUGCUUCUCACUACGUUAGAAAUGCAUAAUGAAAAAAAUGGAGUGGGUCCCAGAAUACUGUACAUGUUAGGGCUAAAGCUGGGUUUCAGGUCUGAAAAGGUUGAAGGCUACUGAGCCUUUGCAGGUAGGUCAGAGUUCGAUGAUGAAGAAUAAAACAAAUAGCUUGUUUUUCAUUAUUUUACAAUACCCAGAGGCAUAUGUAAUUAAUUAAUACAGUGGAACCUAGGUUUUAGAAUGUAAUCUGUUCCGAAAGACCGUACAACUUCCAAAAUGUUCAAAAACCAAGGAUCAAUGGGCGGUUGGCAAAAUCGAUUGAAAAAAAUGAAGAAAUGUGCCUUGAAAGCCGUUUGACUUCCAAGGUGCGUUCAAAAAAGGAAGAAAUUACUUCCGGGUUUUUGGUACUCGGGUUCCAAAUUGUUCGGCUUCCAAGACACUCGAAAACUGAGGUUCCACUGUACAGCAAUAUUUUUUAAAAAUCAAAUAAACCAGAACUAUGCACUGAGUGGAAUCCAAAGUACUGGUUGGUCCUGGGUACCUGAAGAUUUGCCUGUCUUCUCCAGGUACCCUUGCUGAGUGGAGUAUGGCAGGUGCUUUCUUAAGGAAGGGCAUCUCUAGGAAGAAUAUUCCACACUUGGUGCUCCAUCACCAAGAAGGAUAGCAUCCCUGUCACCACAUGCCAGGACUAUAACUCAGUGGCUAUGAGGCUAAUAAAUAAAGGGCAUAGGCGUGUACAGAACACCUAUGCCUUCCUAGUGAGGAAGCUCUGUGUUUAAUACAACAGUAUUAAUUAGUUUUUGUAUUAUAUGAUUCCUAGUAAUGGUGAUGGAUGAUUAAUAAAUGUAGAUUAUAUAUUGAUAUUUCUUGAUUUUAUUUCAUUUACAUUCCUAAGAAGUGGGGCAGGGGUCGAUGACAACUUUAUAUGCUCGACAAGGGGUCAGUGAAUGCAGAAGCUUCUGAAACCCUGAUGUAGACGAUGCUGACCCAACUCAGCAGAAGUCAACUUUCUACGUUCCUAACCUCUGGAAGGGCAAAGACACCCAGAACAGGGUUACGAAGACCCUAAAGUAUGGGCAGGUUCCUGAGAGGAAAGAGGAAUGUACAGCAAUAGGAAAGGAGCAUGUCUAUAAGACACACACAGCAAGGAUGAUCCUAGUGUGAGACCACCAAAAGUCGCCCUCCCAGGGUUUGCAUAACCACUUCUAACCCCAUGGAUUUUCUGUCAUAUUUCCAUUGGCACUAGAAGCAACACAAUGGAACACAAUGGAAUUUUUGGUUAUUAUAGCAAGUUAGUUCUUUUCUUUGGGGAUAUAAAAAUAGGCGGGGGAUUAGCUUUUCAUAUAGUUGAGGGUGGCAUGAUAGGACCACUAUUGCAUACUUCUACACACUCAUUUCAUAAACAAUCAUAUAUUUUGUAUUCUUAUUGGGUUGUGUGUGUUUUUUGCAGCACAUGCCAUAAGCAUUGUCUCCUCUAUCAUACCACCUUCAGCUCUCUGAAAAAUGCCUUGUCUCCAGCCUUAGUAAUAGCCUGGAGGCCUAGCAUUCGGAACGGUAAUUGUCUUAGGUUUUUCUAGGCAAUGCAGCAUUUAACCUAGUUAGAAGCUGAAAGGAAUAUUGCCAAGGGAAAUAAUCCAAGUUUUGGUGGCAUUUUCCCUGCCUGAGCCAGUCAGUUAGGAAGGUCAUGUGGUUUGAAGCCUUCAGGGGAUGCUGUUCUUUUGGCAAAUCUUGCAUUUGGAUAAGAAGCAAAUGAAGUGGCCAAAUCGAUGCUGGUAAUUAGAGAAUGCCAGUGGUUUUUUCUUGUUGGGGUGGGAAGUGUGUGCAAGUGCAGGAUCCAGCAAGACUUGUUUUAAUAGCACCCAGUGACCUGAACUCGCAGUAUCCAGGUCUCUGUUGAAUAUGCAGCAGAAGGUGGUUCUUGUGCUGCUACUCUGACUCCUCCCUCAGUUCUCUGACCUAUCACCUGGAGUUGCAAAUCGAGUUCCUUGAUGCAUGUCAGGUGAUAGAUUUUCCGCAGCCUCCCCCUAUUGGAUCAGAAGGCCAUUUAUCAUAGCACCCCCAAUGCUCUAUUCAUAUUUAAAAAAUGCAAUAUAAAUUAAACACUUCUCUAAGCAAUAUGUGCUUCGAAUAAUUAGGGUUGGGUUUUUUUUUUUACUAUUGACAUUUUGGUUAUGGUACAAUAAUAAAAUGAGCAGAUCAUCCGGCCCAUUGCCUUUGUACCAUUCACAGGGUUUCAUACGGCUAGUAGUAUACGCAAUUGUAGUGACAACACAGUGGAAACUCUUGUUUCCAUUGUCAUUUUCUUCGAGUGUUUCCUUGUGGGUGGGGAAUUCUGCACACUGCUUAAUCUUCUCUUGCCCUGUGUGAGGUGGAAGCUUUAUCAGAGUGGUAGAAGGAACCAGUAUCAUAUUCUGCCCCAGCUAAAGUGUUUCUGAUUGCUUGCUGUUUGAUUGGAUGAAUGAAUCUGUGAUUCUUGUCAGUUAUGUGCACCCAUUUACAUUAGCACAACAUGGGGUUCACCUGCCUUGUGUUAGUUCCAAUUGUUAAAAUUCAUGUUCUGAGGAAAUCUGGCUUCUCCAGUGUGGUUGUUGUGGUUGGCUUUAGCUUACACCUUUUGUGUUUCUGAUUAUCUGUGAAUCAUUCUUCUGCACUGAGCAUGAGUUUACAGCUACAGUUGUAGUAUUUCUCCACUUCAGGAUAACAAGUUACAUGCUGUAGUUUAUUUUCUGAUGUUUUCUUUUUAAGUGCCUUUGUAAUUUUGACAGCAGAUUCAGCUACAUUGAAAUUGACUAUUGUACAGGGAAGUAGUCGCGUUGCGAAAUUCCUAAUCUUUGGUAAACUGGGGGUUUAUUAAAUUGAUAGCUUGUGGUCCACUAUUAAGAAUCUCAGCCUGGACUGAGAAGUGUUUCAGUUAAACACGUUGUAAAUUUAAACAGGGAAAACAGGUAGAGAAAAAUGGGACUCUAUGUCGCCAACUGAUGGGGCAAAGUUCUAUCGCAUAUAAAAAAGGUAAAGGUAAAGGACCUCUGACUGUUAAGUCCAGUCACGAACGACUCUGGGGUUGCGGCGCUCAUCUCGCUUUACUGGCCAAGGGAGCUGAGGUUUGUCUGCAGACAGUUUUUCCGGGUCAUGCGGCCAGCACGACUAAGCCGCUUCUGGUGAAACCAGAGCAGCGCAUGGAAACGCCGUUUACCUUCCCACCGAGCGGUACCUAUUUAUCUACUUGCACUUUGACGUGCUUUCGAACUGCUAGGUUGGCAGGAGCAGGGACCGAGGAACGGGAGCUAACCCUGUCACCGGGAUUCGAACCGCCGACCUUCUGAUCAGCAAGCCCUAGGCUCAGUGCUUUAGACCACAGUGCCACCUGCGUCCCACUCUAUCGCAUAUAAAUCACUUUUUCUUUACCAGUCUAGCUGAGUCCAAAGUCUGCCAAGUCUGUAAAGUGGCACAUGCCUUUGUCUGUCUCUGGUUACCUUUAGUAUCUGGUAGUCUACCCAGUUCCCCAGAACCUGGUAUGAAGCAAUUACUGCUACAUUUUGGAAAGAAAUGCAUCCUGACCUUCCUUCAAGCCCAAUGGCCCAGCUAGCUACAAAUUCUGAUCUGCACUAUUGGAUAGCUAUAGGGUGCAGUAGGAUAGUUUCCUCAUCAGAAUUGUGGACUUAGAUCUAGAUAAGCUACCUUACUACAAUGUAAAUUGUGACAUUUCCUUGUAUGGUGAACCGCAAGGGCCAAUGCACUUUAGAUACUAUGUCACACAGCGACUAUCUGUUUGACAUUUCCCUAACGUCAUUAUCAUAAAUGGAUUUAGUGCCAUUUUCAUGGAUGGUUGUGUUCUCUCUGCCCUUCUCUUUCUCUUCUUUAGGUAUUACUUUAGAGUCCAAGCGAAGAAUCCCUAUGGUUACGGACCUAUAAGCUCCUCAAUCUCCUACAUCACAGAAUCAGGUAUGGUUUCACCUCCAUGCUAUGGAAUUAUGUUCUUGCUUUUAAAAACUUCCAUUGAUUUCAGAAAAUCCCAGACUUUCACUAAUUAUAUUUGUAAAGAACAUGACCUGACAUUCUUGCAGUGUUCCUCCCUGCUAAUGUUUUCCCAACUCUGCCUGAAGCUACAGGGCAGGUUGCCAUAGUUGAAAAUCUAAAAAUACACCAUGAAAUGUAUAGAAUAAUAUUGUUUAAGCCCCCUGAAUAUAACCAAGUGAGUAGAAAAAGUGCAGGAAUCAUUGUGAUUUUUGGAAGGAAUGAAGGAAGACUAGAUUUUGAUGGAAGAAAGUGGUUAAGGAACAAGUUACUAUAGGACCCAAUAUACAGUAUAGGCCCCAAUAGUAGAGCGUAGGUGAAGAGAGAAUUGAAGAAAAGAGAAUUAGCCCCAAAGAAGACAACUGGAGGUGGGAUGUAUUGUAAACAAGGUUGCAUUUCAAGGUCAUGUUGAGAGUUAACUAAAUCUAGCAGCAAAGUCAAAGGAAUUAAAGCAGGGGCAGGCAUCAUGGCACCUUCCAGUUGUUUUGGACUGCACUCCCAUAAUUUCUGACCACUGGAAAUGCUGGCUGGGACUGAUGGGCAUCAUGCUGGCUACCCCUGAAUUAAACCAUGCAUGUGUUUGGAAUUUCUGCCAAAGAAUCAAAGCUCAAGAGUCAACCUUUAUGGUAAAUAUGGGUCAGUCAGUACAUUUGAUGGCUGCCAUUAUCCCACCUCUGUGCUAAUCCCACAGACAGGAAGUGCUCACAUUAGGUUGCUGGAUGUGUGAACCAGCUCUAUCUUUUGAAAUAGAAAAGAUGGAGACAGGGCGGAUGGAGACAGGCUUGUUGGGCAGGCAAUAAAGCAGAGAACAGGGACAAAGAAGACCCAGGAGCAAGAUAAUUUGGUGGUAUGGGGGAUCAGAAGAGAAAGGAAUCUCCCGGGAUCAUUCAAAAGCAUGUGGCUAAUUCAUAGAUUAUUCCUCCUGAUUGCAUGCUGACAAAAGGUGUAAGCAUGCAUAGAAAAGUAAAGCAUGCUUUUCAGCAGGUGAUAGAAGCAGUAGCUUGUACAAUCCAGAGGUUCAGCAUGAACCUUGCAGAAUCAAGAUGACAUGUCAGGGUUCCAAUCAUCCUCUGCCAAAUGGGAGGAAGUAGGUCAUGGAGCUUUUUCCAUUUCUAGUAGAGGAAGCCAACUCUUAACUAACAUUUCUGGCCUUGUGCAGGCCAAUUGUCUUCAGAGCUGCCUGAUGUGAACUUGGAUAUCAUUGCCCUGAGAAUUGGGAGGUUAAAUUAAAAAAUAAAAUAAAAAAAGGGUGUUGAGUGUGCCUUUGCUAAAUUGGCGAGACACUUAAAAUUAGUUUUUUAAUUGUGAGCAGCUGAGCAGCUGGAGGUAAUUGUCUGGAAGGAAUAUGGGAAACAAUUUUCCAUUUCAAUUUUUUACUCUUUUGGUUGAAGCUUGUUCCCGUUUCAUAAUGGUGAUAUUUCUUUGACAAGGCUUUAUAAAAAGGUUUUUUUCUUUUAAAGCAUAGUUAAAUAUUUUAUUUCUUUUAUUUUUGCUGAGAUGGUUGCUCAAAGGCCAGCCAGCACAGUUAAACAUCAAAAUACAAUGUGUUGAUCCCUUAACAAACUCAGGAUAAUCACUGGCCAUUACUGCCACAGACUUGGGCCCUCCAAUAAGUUGUUUUUUAUUCCCGUUCACCCCCUAAACCUGAUUCUAGAGUUCUUGCCACAGAAGUUAUAGGCACUUUUAGCUAUCAAAAUGGUAUUCUUGAAAGUUAAAAAAGUCAAAAUCAAGUAAAGCGUUUUAUAUAAUGGAUUUAUAGGAGGGCUGUAACAUUUAAACGAUUAAUAGUUCAGUCCUGUACUUGUCUACUUAGAAGAAGGUCCUAUUGAGUUCAGUGGGACUUACCCCCAGGUAGGUGGAUUGCUGCCUUAAUCAGGUAGAAUUUUUUAAAAUAAAUACUAAAAGAUGUUGCUGAUUAACUAGGCAGUAUAUUUUUAAAGCACAUAAUUUUUAAUACAAGUAGGUAUAGAAACUGAAGGUGGCAAGCAUACCCUUAAAAACGAUGUCCCUCCUUUUCUCUUAAAUUGGAGGGAAUGUCUGUUCUUAGAUACAGUGGUACCUCGGGUUACAUACGCUUCAGGUUACAUAUGCUUCAGGUUACACACUCCGCUAACCCAGAAAUAGUGCUUCAGGUUAAGAACUUUGCUUCAGGAUGAGAACAGAAAUCGGGCUCUGGCGGCGCGGCAGCAGCAGGAGGCCCCAUUAGCUAAAGUGGUGCGUCAGGUUAAGAACAGUUUCAGGUUAAGAACGGACCUCCAGAAUGAAUAAAGUACUUAACCUGAGGUACCACUGUAGUGUUCACUGCAACACACGUAUGCAGCAUCCAAAAGCAAUGCUUCUUGCUUCAGAAUCACUGAUUUUGCUCAUGCAGACUUAAUAGAGCAAUUACCGUAUUUUUCUGUGUAUAAGACAAUAUUUUCCCCAAAAAUUUUUAAGUUUAGAAUUGGAGGUCAUCUUAUACAGGGAAUGCUGCAAUUAAAUAUAUAAAUAAAUACAUGCUGCCAUCCAUGUUCUCCCCCUCCCCCCCAGCCUCCCCUCACUAUUGGCCUCAAACCCUGGUCUGGUACUCCCCCCCCCAGCAGCCCCCACUCUGGACAUUGUCCCUUCCACCUGGUUCCCUCAGCCGCCCCCUGGCUACCCAGACCCCCCAUUCCCCAAGCGCACUCACUCUGGCAGUCGCAGCUCCUCGAUCAGCAUUUGCAUCUGCCGGCGCUUGUGGAGUAAAUACGGUACAUACCAUAAAUACUGAGAUGAAAGUGCAACACACAGUCUGGAGAGCUGGAGCGCAGCUACAGUGGAGUUGCACUGAGCUGACAGGAGCAGCCGCCAUUACACAGCUUGCCUCACUGUUUGAUGUUUAAAUAUAUGGUACUAAAUAUACCAGUGUUUUGAAUAUUUAAUAAAAUAUCAAAGUUGUUCUGUUUGGUGUUUAAAAUAUUUAUUUCUUAAUUUUGGGCUUAAAAAAAAUAGGGGUUGUCUUAUACAUGGGGGCAUCUUAUACACGGAAAAAUACGGUAACUGAUUAAUGGACUAGAAUUCUUACAAUGAACAGUCUUGAGAGUUAUGAAAUUGGGCAACAGCCAGGUUAGUGUUUUGUUAGUAAGGAAUGUGUUGCAUUACUUUUUAAAGUGUGUCGCAGGAAGGGAUGAAAGCAUUCCACUUAGUCCUAAGGAUAAUUUUGUCUUGCUGAAAAGCAGUAGCUAAUCACACCACGUAUGUGUGGGGCUGUCUGUGUGUUACAGGGCAGCAUGAUCUAGCCGUGCUAUGCCACCUGCUGAAUCUGGCAGGCUUGACCCACCACUGCCAUCUGCAGAUUCGGAAAGGGCUUUAUGCACAUGCCAAUCUAUGCACAAGAGCUCCUCCCUACAUGGGGAGAAGGAAUCCGGACUGUCUAUCCAAUCUAGUGCUCACAACACAUGGCUAGCAACCAGGAGUGAUGGCAAAAAGCAAGGCUAGCCCUCUUUGCACAUUCUUUCACAUUUUCAUGAGAGUAGAGUUUUCUGAAUGGUUCAUUCAGAAGCACCACCUUUCCCUGUUUCAUAUUGUAAUUGUGUUUCUCUUCAUUGAUCCCCAUUCAGCUCUUUACAGCUUGCUAUCAUUGCAAAAGUUAUUUUCCACGAUCAUCCCCUGUUGAAAUGGCUGGCUCAAAUGGUUGGCUAGCUUGACAUUUCAUGGUUGCCAAGCUACUACUCAACACAACAUGGUUUUCUCUACCUUCCCCAUGCUGUGCAAUUGAAACAUUGCCACGUUUCAAAAAAACAAAUCCAUAAUAAACAAAUAUGCUAAUUUCACUCACAUAAAUGAAAAAAGAUGGUUAUAAAGGCAAACAUAAUGUAAAUACAUUUUGUAAAAAAUAAGGAAUAUUGCAUACUCAACUAUUUUUUUGUAGACUGACUUGCGUGGGAGUAUUUUUGCUUUCAAGAUAAACAAGAAAAUUAACUUUUGCAACCCACCAUUUUUGAUGUAGCAUUUUGGUUUUUAUUUUGGCUUCAGGGGAUAUAAAUCUUCAGUGUAAGCCACUCAUGCAUUUUCUUGUUCCCUCUUUAUAGAUAAUCCUCUACUUAUUGUCAGACCACCGGGUAAGUCUCCUUGCUGUUUUCAGAUAUUAUCUUGUCCUGAGUACUGCAAAAAUUAAGGUUGUGACAUUGGGCAGCUGACAGAGAAAUUUAAAAUUAUUGACUUCCUUUGAAAGGGAGAGGGGGAUAUAAGUUUUACGAAUAAACAAGAGUGCGGAAAACUGCCCUUUCACCUGAUUCUGUUAUCUGCUUCCUUUAUGCUUUCUGGGGCAGUCAAGUUCUGGAGACAGGAUACUGAGUUUUAAAGUUUGGAUAGUGCAUUGCUGUAUGUCCAUUUUUAACUGUCUUAUAUAUCCAUUUAAAUUUAUUUAUUUAGAACAGCCUUGCAUUUAUGCACUGGCCUGGUAAGCACAAGUGACAAGGAAUUGCAUGUGGUUGGGUGGAGAAGGGACAGAGCUAUCUACAGGAGUGGUUUGCAUACUAGGGCAGGACCACCCACCCAGUACUCAGAUCUUUGCUGUUUACCUGGAUCAGCCUGGGAUGGGGUGGCGUGUCCUCUGAGCCCAGACAUUGCUGCUGCCCCAGCCUGGUCUAGGUAAGCAGCAACAGGGAGUGCAGAUCCAUCGAACCACACAUGCCACUACCAGUGUCCUGUCUCUCCUCUGCACCCAGCAUAGAAACCAGGGAGGUUGCUGGAGGUAGGAAGCUUCCUCUCUGACACCUUGCAAAGAUGUGCAUUAGUAAUAAGAGAAGUUCAGGGGGCUGCUGAAGAUGAUCUGGAGUUCUGUUCCCCUCCUCUGCCUGCUCCCGGCAGGCUACUAAAAGAUUUUGCAGGCUAGUAACUUUCAUGGGAUAUUUUCAAGGCUGAUUAAAAACAUAUAUACCCCACUUUUCACCACACAGUUUGAAGCAUUUUGAAAGCUGCUAGAUAUCCAAAACAUCUUUUUGCAUAAAAAUGGGAAACCUUUUUGAGCUUGAGGGACACCUUCCCUUCUGGGAAACCUUCCAAGAGCCACAUGCCAGGGUGAGCAGGGCUGGAGGUGAAAGUGGGCAGAGGAACAAACGUAGUUUACCUUUGUAGACUAGGCUAGUUUCUACAUACCCUCUUUCUCCUCUGUCCUGACAAGAAAGUGGCAGUCUCAGAGCUCAAGGACACAAUCCAGCUAGGCAAAAAUACUCAGGGUUUGAAGCAGGCCACUGAGGGGGUGUGGCCUGGAGAGAAUAGGUGUUCUGAGGGCCACAUAGAUAGGUCUGGAGGGCCACAUCCAGCCUCUGACGUUCCCCACACUAUCUCUAUCUUUUAAGGGACUUUAAUGGGAAAUGUGAACUAAGAUAUAUUUACAUGCAAUUAUCUGCUACUAUUAAGGCUUAAAAUUAUUAUUGGAAUGAUAAUUUACCCCAGAGUUUUGUGCCUGAUAACUCAGAGGUGCCAAAUAACUCUUCCAAGCAGAACUGAACGUAUAAUGAAAACCACAUGGCAUGCUUUACAGCACCAACUAUGGCAAAGGAUAGCCAGUUUCACUGAGAUUUGUUCAUGGGGAGACACUAUGCUGAUGAAUAGCAAGGGAAUGUUGAGUGCUCUGAUUCACAUUCAUUGUGUAGUUUUCUUUCCACGAACAGUUCAUUGUUUUGUCUGCACUGAGAAUAUUCUGGCUGAAAUACUGGAAAGAAUGGCACAUGUGAAAAAACUUUUUGGGUACAAAAGAAGUCCCAUUAAACUCAAGUCAGUUGUACUGAAGCCCGUCUCAACCAAACUCAAUGAGACUACUCCUGCGUGUUAUUCAUGAAUUUAUGUGUGUUUACAGGAUUAUGGUGUGCUUCUUUUGGAGUCAAAAGAAUCGAUUAAAGAAAAGACCAAAUGUUGCUUUGUCUUUUCUCCUUUUAAAAAUGUGGUUCCCAUCCCAUGGAACAGUUGCCAACAGCAUAAGGGAGACAGAGCACAGGGGGAAUGCCGUGAAAGCAAGGAAACAACAACUUUCACAUUGUAACCUUCCCUUGUCCCGUUCGUGGGUAGAGUAGCAGUUAUUCUAGAAGCAACAUAGAUUUUACUGUUUGAUCUAUUUACAGCUUGUAGCUGAGAAUUCUUUUAUGUGUUCAGUCUGUGCUGAUAUUUUUAUAGUCUGAUCCAACACUUAGGAAGUCUAAGUAUUUAGUGCCUAUCGCCCGAUCAAGUGAUUUACUGCAGGUGUGGGGGCUCUGGGGCAGGCACAGGACUCUACCCCCCACAUGGACACUGCCCUAUUUAUUUCAGUCAAUGGAGCAGCUCCCUACAUAACCCUUUCGUAUUCACAAAACUACAAUUUACAUCUGAAAUGAUCCGGUUGGCGCUCGGCUGCCUAUGUUUACACAUCAGAGCUCAUGGGACUUUGAAUCAGGACAACUGAUGUCAGCUUGAGUCUUCACAAAUUCUCACAAGCUUAUAGAGGUGGUGAACAUUAACCCUUUUCAGGCACCCCCCCCUUGUAUGAUUACAUGAGAAGGAGGCAGGGGCACUUGCUAGCUCCACUCCCUCUGUUGCGUUCUUGUUGCCCAGUCUCUGCACCUCUUUCUGUAAGGGCAGCUUCUGCAGUGGAGAUAACAUGCUUUGCUUGUAUGAGAUUUCUUUGCAUUAUAUUUAUCCAUUUAUUUAUUAGAAUGAUACACCAUCCUUUAUCCGAAUAUCACAGGGUGGUUCACAACAUAAAAAUACAAAAUGAGAACACAAAAUACACAAUGGAAUGAAAAUGAAAACAAACCAGUAGCCCCUCCUCCCAGAAAUACAUUUAAAAGGCCAUCGGACCCAGCAUGCUCCCCACAAGGUCCCCUUAUAGCACAUGAGAGGCACAUGAACUGGGCAGCAAAGACAUAAGAGAAGGGAGGAGGUCCUAGAGCAGGCGAGGGUCAAUCCUUGAAUAGGGCCUUUGAAUGCACACUGAAGUAGUUUCCUGAUCCAUGGUGCCCUGAUUGUGGUUACUGCCUUACCAGCAGUGGCAGAUGUCGUGGUGAGGCUGUGUUGCUCACUUGACCUCUGUUAGCAUGCUAGGACAGGAAGGGAUGUGGUGGCAAGCUGGCUAGGUACCAGUGGCACAGUGGAGCCAUUCAGGCACUCCUGCUGGUAAGCUUCCACCAUGCCACUACUGUGCCCCUUCCAAUCCCAGUGUGCUGCAGCAACUCAGCCAGGUGGCAGUCAGGUGAGCAGUGCAUUCCCACCAUACCAGCCACCACAGCUUGUCGCCACUCAGAUCACUUUGAGACCUUUUGCAGUGGUAUAGACUAUAGACAGCCACGGGAAAGGAACCAGGGACCCACUCCCUCAUUUGGAAGCAUCAUCAUAAUACAAGGGUCGUAUGAGAUUGCCUUUUUAAAUCCAAGUGCUUCUGUAUAACCAGAUAGUGGAUUGGGCUGUCAAUAAGUGGCGGCAUUUACUUAUUGCCACCACAUAGUUUGAAAUGGCUAACAACAGUUGCUGUUCAGAAAAGACCUACUUGGCUUUCUUGCUUUUGUGCAAUCUGUUUUGAUUUAAUGUUAGCUUUAGGGGAGGGGGAACAAAACAGAAUUUCAGUUCAGAAAAAAAAACCCCUCAAAAGUGCUUAUGUUUCUAGUCUCAUUUUAAAAUAUCAAGUUAACAGAUAAUAAUGCACACCGAAGUCAAUAACCCUUUUAUGAUUUGUUGGCUUUAGCUUUCUUCAUUUCCUUUUUCUUUUUAAAAAGAAAUACAGAACCACAAAAAUAAAGUAGUGCUUAAAUAUUUGUUUUGAUGAGAAAUCAUCUUUAAAAUGCCCAUUGCUGCAGCUAUCCUAACAGUAUUAUUUUACAGCUGUCCUGGAUUUCAAACACAUUAAACUGUAUUAAGAUUAUAAUGUUAAUAUACUUAAAAAAGUUAAAAGCAUUGGGUGGUAAUGUUGGACACACCAUUCUGUUAAGUACCAAGGAAACAAAGCACAUCCCAAUUUCACUAACACAAUGACAUGAUGCUAUAUUACAAUAUACUAUUACUUCAUUCUAAGAUAUUGACAACUGCCCUGAAGGCUCGGUGGAGAAUAUCAGGUUUAUGCCAUUUGUGACUUGGGCUACAGUCCUAAACAUAUUUAAUUGUAAGUCAGCUCCAUUAGGUAAAAUCAAGAGAUUUCCAAGAAAAUGUCUUUAGGAAUGGAUUCAUAUGUUGGUUAUGAAGACUUUUUAUGGCCUCUGAAAAUAGAACAUCAAUUAAGAUAUGAUGAUUAACAUAAACAAGCUAAGCAACUUGAUAAAGGAACUUUUAAGUCUGUUACUUUAACUCUUUUCUUAGGUGGUGAACCAAUCUGGAUCCCAUUCAGUUUUAAAUAUGACCCCACAUAUUCCGAAUGCAGUGGCAAGCAAUAUGUGAAACGGACAUGGUACAGAAAAUUUGUAGGUGUUGUUCUUUGCAAUUCAUUGAGAUACAAGAUUUACCUCAGCGAUGACCUAAGAGGUAUGUAUCUGGGUCAACAGAAUUAUGGCUGAGCCAAAAUUCCAUAUUUUGUGUGAACAUUGCUGCUGGUAAACCCCCAUCCCUCCAACAUAUCAAGAAUUUAUCCUUUCCUAGAAAUUGGUAGGGAAAUGCUGCCCCACUUUUGCAGGGGAGGGUGAUUUUUAGGUUAUUGGAGGAAUUGAGUGUGGUAAAAAGAAGCCGUGCUUAAGACUUUUUCAAAUGGGGUCUUGCAUAUGAAGUGUGCAUGAAGUGUGGCUGGCCAUUCUUGCUCUGUGUGUGCUUACAUUGGGGUAACUGUGGUUGAUGAUUUGGGGUCUUACUUAAAAGUGAAAUAGUGUCUAGGCGUGUGGAUGUUGUGGCUUCUGUCCCCAGCCUGAUUUAGAGCCUUCCAUUUGCAUCCUAUGGAGCCUUAGCUGUAACCUAAAAGAUAUAAAGUACUGCCCAAGUUGGUUGAUUGGGUGUUUCUACCCCAAAAUCUCUGCCCUCAGGUUUACAAUCCAAAAGACGUGACACAAAAGGAAAAGGGAGAAAGUGGUGGGGAAGCAAGCUCAGGCACCAGUUUGCAAAGUUUUGACAUAUGUAGCAUGAGAGAAAAUACUAAAAAUGCAUAUUUUGAGAGGGAAAUGCACUUAAAAUGCAUAUUUGAAUGUGCUUUUUGUGCAGAUUUAAAAUAUUUAUAGCAGAAAUAAAAAGACUUAUGAGGGAACACAUGCAAAAAUGACUGGGGCCAGAAAUUCAUAGGUUCAUCCAAUCCUAGUUGAAUCGCUAAAGCUCAGUUCAAUUUUCUAAGCCAACUUCAGUAUUGCUCCCCCUGCUCUGAGGUGUGUGCUUCCCUCUUCUGAUGAGAAUAUGCUUCUACUUCACAAUAAUGUGCAUUCUUAAUUGUUGGUGUCCAUCUGUCUUGGGAGACAAUGGAGGAGUGCUCCUUUGGGGGUGAAGUCAAGCUGUUGGACAAUUGCAGUGCCUGCUGUGGCUGUAGAGACUGGUAUGGGAGAGACAUGUUUUGUUGUAGCUGGGGCAGAUGAAGACGCCCAGUUGUGUUGUUGCAGAUACACCAUGGCGUUUCUUCUUUCUGCGCUACUCCCAGCGGACAUUCCUUCUCUGGUCACUGCAUUCUUAAUUACACUUUUUAAAUCACUUCAUUCUACCACUGUGCUGGUAGCUGCUUUAAGAUGCAAAGCUUUCCCAUUGCAUUAAGUGCAAUUAGUUGAUGUGCAUUCUUAAUUGUACAUCAACUAAUUGCACUUAAUGCAAUGAGAAGGGAGUCUUUGCCUCUGAAAGCAGCUACCAGCACAGUGGCAAAAUGAACUCAAAAAAGGAGAAGACACGAGAUCUUCAAGUGGGAUUCUCAGCCAAUAGCAGACAUAAAAAUCUGUUUUACUGACUUCAGGAAUGUUGGCGAGGACCACUGGCUUCCUUUCAUACUGUGCCAGUGGAUUCUUUUACCAUAACGCUCCUAUUAUUUCAGCUAUAUUCAAAAAUAGCAAAUAAGCCCACUUUUGAGACCUGCACCCUUCAUUUCUAGAUUAGCAUUACUUCUGUCUGAGCCCUUUCUUGCCCUCUCAUUAGACCGAAAAUUCAACUGUAAUCUGUUGCUUAGGCAAACUAUUUAAACCAGAGACAUUCUAAAACCCUUAAAUGUCUGGAUGAGGGUGCCUGGAUGAGGAUGUAUGGACUUUUGGACUGACAUUUUAAAGCACUUCCUCACCUUUAAUUUUUGAGUGCAGAUAGAAUUUUUGUCUUUGCUAAAUUUAAACAGAGCUGGCCCCAAACUUGAAAGUCUGAUGCCUCUGCCCGCCUCAGUAGAGUCUGCUGAUAUUUCAUCUUUACAACCCAGAGAUACUCAGGUUUGAGUAACCUGGUUAAGUGUAUCGCUCCAAUCUAAAAGAGCUCAACAGGGAACAACCCCCAUCCAUUUUCAAAUGUUUUCAGAUGCCUCUUCUUGCGCACGACCCUCUGCCCUUGCUGAGUUGCAGCAGUUGCAAGUUCUAACCCCAUGUGCAACUUUUUCAGAUACGUUUUACAGCAUCGGGGAUAGCUGGGGAAGAGGUGAAGAUCAUUGCCAGUUUGUGGAUUCACACUUGGAUGGAAGAACAGGGCCACAGUCAUAUGUAGAAGCCCUGCCUCCAAUUCAAGGUAAAAAAGAAAGCAAAAUUGGUAGUAUGGAGUACCAGAAAUCUACAUUACACACCAGUGGUGGAAUGGACUGUAGGCAGCUUGCAGAUUACAGGUGCUCAGCAUUAAUGAUUCUCAACAAACUCACAUAUUGCAGUUGCAAGCAAAGCAAUCAUCACACAAAUGCAUUGAAUUGAUUCUGCGCUAUAAAUUGUCUGCUCACCUUUGAUGGGUUUUGAGGCACAGGUUGUGAGAAUGGUGGUGUUUUUAUAACCCUUUUGUUCUGAGGGCAGAAAAUGCAGACGUCACAGGAUCAUGCUGUGCUUUGCAAUCUAAGCAAGGGCAGCUAAUCCAGAUGUGCCUGGUCGCUGGCUCUAAAAAGCAGAAAUAUGAGACACAAGGAAAGUAUGGAACUGGCACAGUGAUCAGAUAGAACACCACAUGUGUGGAAAACAAUGUUGGGAAGUCUGCUAAUGCUUUAAGCAGCCACUUUUUCUUUACAAAUAGCUUUUUUGAUGUUGCUUUUACCCUGAUACCUUUGACUUCUGUUUGAAUUGUGAGUGCUGAUAUCCAGCCUCCCUCAUUUUCCUUACUCCUCUAUGGAAAACUAAAGUCCUUUCCUAGGUAAGCAUAUUUUGGGGACCUUAAUUAUCCAAAUGACCCCAAAUUAUUCUGGGGCAUCCUUACACCUUGCCACAAAGAAAUGCAUAUGCUGUAGGGAAAUCUCAUUUUCCCAGCACUCAAAUUGCAUGGAGAAAAAGUUAUUUUUUCUCCAGCUAGCACAGUCAUAGCCAUGCAGAAUGCAGUUAGCAUCAUCACAAGUAACUGAACUUCUUCAGCCUGUCAAAUUCAGGAAACGACAUGGCUGGAUCUUCCCAUGCCACUCUUGUUCUUGCUUUGUGAAGUAUGAAGUACCAGUUUCUGUGCCACAACACUGGGAGAUGCAGGAAACCCGAAAUAUGGAGCAAUAUGUGCAGAACAAAGCUGGGUAUUGGGUGUGAAUAAAUUGUAGGUCUAGAAACAGUACUGAUUACCCAAGAGGAAGGGGACUCUUUCUAUUGGGCAUCUAAGGUGCUUCUUGGAACAGUUACGUAUCCUUUUCUAUGCAACUGUUUCAAGAAUGCCCAACAGAAAGUUGUGUGCCAUAUGCAAUAAUACAAUGGCAAUCAGUGAGGCAUUUGAGGUGAUUUCCCAGACAGCAGGAUUAGACCACACUUUACCAUAACAUUCCUAUGUCAUGAAAUUCUACUCAAUAUUGAUCCAGAUCAGAACUCCAACUUAUAGUUAGCAGAGCAAAAACUUAAGUACGUUGCAGGAUCCCCAAAAAUAGACCAGAGGCAAUUAUAUUUCAUCCAGCAGAGCUUUAAUGGUCACAAAUCCAAUACAUUCAGGAUUAGCACUGUCGAUAAGAAAUCCAGUUGCAGCAGACUCAACUUAAACUUACAAUAACUUAGAAUAAAUCUAAACCUUACAGAACACCACACCAGAAGGAAAGAGAGAUAGAAAGUGAAACCCAGGAUCCUUCUGGCCUCACUAUUAUAGUCAGCAUGAUCUUGACUGAAAGAGAUAACAGAACCAGUUUAAGCCAGCUGCACUCAGCUUCUCUGAAGGAAUAACCCAAACACCAUGAACCUUCAGCUUGUUUCUUUCAGACAGUGAUGCUUCCAGAACCCUCUUGAAUUAAUUAGACUAGGAAAGCUCUCUACACAUCAGAUCAAUACUUUCUGCACUAAGAAAUGCAAACUGACAUCCUAUGAUGAUGGUGCUAAGAUACUAAAUGCCGUUAUUUUGACUCCUACAGGUUAUUAUCGCCAAUAUCGGCAAGAGCCUGUAUCGUUUGGACGCAUUGGGUACAUGACGCCUUACUACUAUGUGGGCUGGUAUGAGUGUGGUGUGCCUAUUCCAGGGAAAUGGUAACUGUGUCGAGGUCUUCCUGCAAUGAUUUAGCUCAGUCCAGCCAGCAGUGCCUUUUGAAUGACUGUCAUUGGAGGACUCUGAGCAGUUGGUUUGGCAAAGAAAGGAUAAAACUGAAACACGGAAAGGAUGGAACUAGUGAAGAGUCGACGAUAGACGCGGAUGAAACUCCAUGUUGUGUAGACUUUUGUAAACCUAAGUCUAUGGUGCUGCUUGAUUACUCUGCUUUAGAGCGCAGACAGGAGUCCUGCCUUCCUUCUCCUUGCCUUUAAAAGGCAUGGAGAUGUAUCUACAAUGGGUGCUACCUGUGCUCACUGAAACCUCAUAUACUCGGCUAGCCACGAAAAAUCGGAAUGGUGAUGUAUCUUGCAAGGAAUGACUUAAGCAUGCUUUGCUUGCAUUACGGAAUGCUAACCACUUUCCACUGCUAUUAACGGGAUUCUCUGCUGCCUUCCACUGGCAGAGUCUUAUGCUUCAGAAUGUUGCUAUGCAGUCAUGCCGUGUUACUUAAAUGCCCAUGAGAACCGAUCAAUGUUACUCAAGACUUCUCCUGUGGGUUUGCACAUUGCUCCACGAUAUACCAGGUCACUAUGUAAAUUCAACUUAUAAAAAGCAGCCAACAACCACCAGUACUGUAUGCUUGCAGAAGUAUUUCUUAGAACUGAGGUUUUCUUGUUGAUUUAGAUGACUAUGUGUAUGGGAAGGUUUUAUGUAAAAGGUGCUAUUAAUUAACAAGUCUUCUAAAAAAAAAAUCUGUGAAAAAUAUACUAUGCACAAUACAUUAACCAUGUAAAGAACCAGGCUUCUCUUCUUGUGAGUAUUGUUGAACUGUAAUGAUGUUGAUGUUUGUAUAAAAUAGAAGAAUUCAGCACCGGGCUCUGAGCAAGUGAUGUUUCAAUGGGG